CUCGGCGGGUUUCUGCGUGUUCUACAAGCAGAAGUAUCAGGUAAGUGCUAUAUGGAACGUACAGUAAUACAUGUGUCAGUCUUCACCUGAGUACACCAUACAGUCACUGUUUAACUUAACCCCCUACUAUCCCUGCAUUAGUUGUGUCAUGGGAAAAUGACAACGGUUAACCCCUUAAGGACACAUGACGUGUGACAUGUCAUAAUUCCCUUUUAUUCCAGAACUUUGGUUCUUAAAGGACCACUAUAGUGCCAGGAAAACAUACUCGUUUUCCUGGCACUAUAGUGCCCUGAGGGUGCCCCCACCCUCAGGGACCCCCUCCCGCCAGGCUCUGGAAGGGGGAAAGGGUUAAAAACUUACCUUUUUCCAGCGCUGGGCGGGGAGCUCUCUGCCUCCUCUCCUCCUCCGAUCCUCCUUCUGGGCUGAAUGCACACGCACGGCAAGAGCUGCGCGCGCAUUCAGCCCGUCGCAUAGGAAAGCAUUUACAAUGCUUUCCUAUGGACGCUUGCGUGCUCUCACUGUGAAAAUCACAGUGAGAAGCACGCAAGCGCCUCUAGUGGCUGUCAAUGAGACAGCCACUAGAGGAUUAGGGGGAAGGCUUAACCCAUUCAUAAACAUAGCAAAGCUCUCCGAAAACUGCUAUGUUUAUAAAAAUGGGUUAGUUCCUGAGGAUUUGGCACCCAGACCACUUCAUUAAGCUGAAGUGGUCUGGGUGCCUAGAGAGUGGUCCUUAACUCCUCUAUGACCGAGACACCCAGACCGCCAUCGCAUUUUUUGCCUUCUUGCCGACCGAUGACGGUCCUGAACCGUCCUAACGGUCUGAGCUACUUACCUGAUCGCCGUCGUUCCCCCGGCGGCGAUCAGCGUGGUUCCGGUUGUGGGGAGACUGCCUGCAGCCCAGAUAGUCUCCCCACACUGAUUUAGGACCCCUGUGGCCAUGUGAUCGCUUAACACAGCGAUCACAUGGUCACAAUGGGUGUCCAUGUGUCUGCCUGCAGGGGGACUGCCUGUGCUGACAGGCAGUCUCCCUGCUAGUGUAAAAUCAAAAAAUAAAAUAAAGUUAGUGUUAAUUAAAAAAAUAAUAAUAAUUAUAUAUGUGUAUAUAUGAUAUAUAGACAUAUAUUAUAUCUGUAUAAUAUAUGUCUAUAUAUCAUAUGUAUAAUGCCAUACUAAGUGUAUUUUUAUAUUAAUAUGUACUUCUAUUAAUAUAAAAAUACACUUAUAAUUAAAUUACACACGUAUAUAUAUAUAAUAUAUAUAACUAUAUAUAUUGUAUAUAUAUAUUAUUAUAAAAUAUAAAUAAUAAGUAAUUUAAAUUAAAUAAUUUUUUAAAAAUACACAAAAUGUAAAAAAUUAUAUAGCUAUAUGAAAUUUUUAUUCUAACUGUAUUUUAAAAUAUACAUAUAUAUUUAUAUCAAAAUAUACUUAGAAUAAAUUUGUAUAUAUAUAUAUAUAUCUAUGUAUAUAAAAAUAAAUAAAAAUAAGAAAUAUACAUACGUCCAUAUACAAAAUUAAAUAAAUAAUUAUAUAAAUAUACACGUAGACUUCAAAUAUAUAAAUAUGCAUAUAUAUUUAAAUUCUACGUGCGUAUUUAUGUAAUAUUUUUACAUAAUUCAGUAAUUUUAUUGAUUGCAAUUUGAGGGACCUGCCUGCCAACCCAGGCCGAAAUUCCAGAGAAUUUUAAUUUGUUAGCACUGUAUUUUACCCUUGUAAUGUUUCUAUUUAGACACUUCUAGGCCUCAUAUAGUAUAUUUGGAGACUUCGCUGAACACAAAUAUUAGUGAUUCACAACAGUAAAACAUAUCAAAGCGAUGAUAUUGUCAGUGAAAGUUACUUUUUUUGCAUUUUUCACACACAAACAGCACUUUUACUGAUGAUAUAAUUGUUGUGAUACGUUUUCCAGUUUUUUAAACACUAAUAUUUGUGUUCAGCGAUGUCUCCCGAGUAAAACAGUACCCCCCAUGUACAGGUUUUAUAGUAUUUUUGAAAGUUACAGGGUCAAAUAUAUGGGUCAAAUAUUUUUACAUUGAAAAUGGCCAGGUUGGUUACGCUGUUCUCUUUGAGAGUUUAUGGUAAAGCCCAGGAAUGAGAAUAAUUACUCCCCAUGAUGGCAUACCAUUUGUAAAGAAGAUAACCCAGCAGUAGUUAGAAUAGAGGUUCAGUCUUUUAGUAACCACUUGAAAUACAAAACACUGGCCAAAAUUAGCGUUCAAUUUAGUUUUUUUACUUUUUCACACACAAACAAAUAUGAAUGCUUACUUUGGCCAGUGUUUUCGACUAAGUGGCUACUAAAAAGACUGGACAUACCCCAUAUUGAAUACCCUGGGUUGUCUACUUUAAAAAAAAAUAUGUACAUGUGGGGUGUUAUUCAGAGAUUUAUGACAGAUAAUAGCGUUACAAUGUCACUAUUGAUAAAUUUUAAAAAUGUAUGUUUUGAAACCGCAAUAUCCUACUUGUACCUAUAGCCCUAUAACAUGCAAAAAAAAGCAAAAAAGCACGUAAACACUAGGUAUUUUUAAACUCAGGACAAAAUUUUUAAUCUAUUUAGCAGUUUUUUCAUUCGCUUUUGUAGAUGAGUAAAAGAUUUUUCAAGUAAAAGUCAAAAAACAUGUAUUUUUUCAAUUUUUCAUCAGAUUUUUGUAUUUUUUUAAAAUUAAAAUACAUGAGAUUAUAUAAAUAAUGGUAUGUAAAGAAAGCCCCUUUUUGUCCUGAAAAAAACAAUAUAUAAUUUGUAUGGGAACAGUAAAUGAGAAAGCGGAAAAUUACAGCCAAACACAAACACCACAAAAGUGUAAAAAUAUUCCUGGUCGCAAAUGUACAACAUCGCAAAAACAGUCCAGUCCUUAAGGGGUUAAGGGGUUAAAGACACUGCAAAGUGAGGGCCGGGCAGCAUGUGAGCUGUGAAUGCGUUGUGUAUAAGACAUGUCUGAUUACCUGUCACCCCACAAGUAAUCCUGGCUUAGUAUACCUCAGAGAGGCUGUACGCUAUCUUCCAGAGAGUGCAGAGCUUCCUGUAAGGCUGUCUUUGUUGUUGUUAUGGUUAUUUGGUAAAGUAGGGAUUGUCGGGAAUUGAGAUUAAAUCUCAAAUUUGAGGCCAAUAUAGCUGAGCUGAAAUCACAACUCACUUGGAGAAUUCUUUCCAAAUUUGCCAUUUUGGCCUAAAAUCUGAAAUCCACUAUGAACUUACUUUGAAUUCCUGAUUUUAUAAACAUUAGUGAAUAACCCCGUGUGCCUUAUAUAGUGGAGAUCUGAAUAGACAUGCACCAAGGGGGUGUCAAAAUAUUUCCCAGUAGCAGAUAGAGUCUAAGACACACACAGAGUUAUUAAUUAUAGUGUGAAAUGUCAGGGAUUCCGAGUUCAUUUUAAAUUAAAGGAAAAAUGUUCUAAGUCAGCAAUAAUGGUUUCACUUUAGCUGAUUGGCCAAAAGUUUGCCAUUGGGAUUUUAGUUCACUAAAAUUUGAAGUUUUGUGAAUGACCCUUUUAAAAAAAAUCUCCAAAUCUGCUAUGUUCCCAACAACAUAUAUACUGUAAUCAGUUUUGCCAUUUUUACUUAAAUGUGCAGUGUCCUUGUCAUUUCUCCACAAUUUCAUUAAAGGAACACUAUAGUCACCUAAACAACUUUAGCUUAAACAGUUUUAGUGUAUAGAUCAUGCCUCUCAGGUUUCACUGCCCAAUUCACUGCCAUUUAGGAGUUAAAUCACGUUGUUUCUGUUUAUGCAGCCCUUGUCACACCUCCCCUGGCUAUAAUUGACACAGCCUGCAUGAACAAAACUGGUUUCACUUUCAAUCAGAUAUAAUUUAUCUUGCUCUUUAAAUUGAACUUUAAUCACAUACAAGAGGCUCUUGCAGGGUCUAGCAAGCUAUUAACAUAGCAGUGGAUAAGAAAAUAUAAAUUAAACAGAACUUGGAAUAAAUCAAGGAUAAACAUUAGAUGACUCUUUACAGGAAGUGUUUUGGAAGGCUGUGCAAGUCACAUGCAGGGAGGUGUGACUAGGGUUCAUAAACAAAGUGAUUUAACUCCUAAAUGGCUGAGAACUGAGCAGUGAGACUGUAGGGGCAUGAUCUAUACACCAAAACUGCUUCAUUAAGCUAAAGUUGUUUUGGUGACUAUAGUGUCCCUUUAAAGUGUGAAUUAUUUGGAAUAAAAGUGAAUUCAAAUUUUAGCUAUAGCAUCUCCACUAUAGCUGAAUGGGAGAUACAGAUGAGUUGGAAAUGUUUUCGAAUCAACUGUUUUUUAUUUUGCAAAUUAUAAUUUUAGCUCACAAUUCCUGGGUUACCUUCCUGUAUGUAUACUUUUACAUACCCUUCUAUUCAAUUCAUUACACAUAUUUCAUCCUCAUAUUCCACCUCGGUGCCUUACAUACCCAGGUUUUGCUGAUUCCCUUUAUUGUUGACCUGCCCAAGGUUGUUGGCCCACAAUUUUCGAACAGUUUGACAAAAGAGAGUGCUCUUGUAAGUACCUCUCUGCAGCGCUCAGACAAUGUCGAAGUUAUUAUGAGUGGCUCUGGAAUAAUUGGGUUUUGGUGACAGCCCAGUAUUUAUCUGUCUUAAAAACAACUCCAUUUGAAACCAAUGGGCAUCAGAUCUCAUUGGACCAUAAGCUAUAAAAUGUGCUGUAGUGGUUAUGUUUUAUAGAGUGUUCUAUUUAAAGAAGCUUAAAAAUCUAAACAUGAUUUUCAAAAUUGAUACUUGUUCUCUUCAUUUAAUUGAUGUCUCAUGAAGAAAGCAGACCAGAGGGAUUAUAUGUACAGAUGUAACUGCCUGUUCACCACUUGUAUGGGAAUUAUAAACUAAAAGUUCAGUUUCAAAUUCCCUCAGUUGUGUCAGUUUCGCCUAUACAUUGGUGAGGUUGUGUGGAUGGUAAUUACUGUUGUGUUACUAAAAAUAUAACAAUCCUGUGGUCAUGCCAAAGUUAAUUUCUUGUGUCAUUCCUUUUCAGGAGUCCAUUGCCAUGGCAACAUCUUCAUUUUCAAAGGUAGUGUUUUACUGAAUUUAGUUAUCACAUUUGUUAUCCAUGAAAACAUAUGGUUUAAAAUUGUGGCAUACAGUUGUGCUUCAAAGUUUGCAUACCCUUUGAGAAUUGGUAAUAUAUGUAUCAUUUUUAAAGAAAACAUGAUUGUAUUGUAUUUCUUAUGAGAGAUAGAUAUAUAUUCAACUGUAGGUUAUAAGAGAAUGGCACAAUCAUAAUCCAAAACAUGGCAACAAAGAAAAAAAAAAAAAUUACCCCUGUUCAAAAGUCUGCAUACCCUUAGUUUUUAAUACUGUGCAUUGCCCCCUUUAGCAUCAAUGAUGGCAUGCAGUCUUUUGUAAUAGUUGUCUAUGAGGCCCCAAAUUCUUGCAGGUGGUAUAGCUGCCUAUUUGUCUUGGGAAAAUGCCUCCAGGUCAUGCCAAGUCUUCGGUCGUCUUGCAUGAACCACACGUUUGAGAUUUUCCCAGAGUGGCUCGAUGUUAUUAAGGUCAGGAGACUGUGAUGGCCACUCCAGAACCUUCACCUUUUUCUGCUGUAACCACUGGAGGAUCAACUUAGCCUUGUGCUUGGGGUCAUUGUCAUGCUGGAAAGUCCAAGAGCGUCCCAUGCACAGCCUUCAUGCAGAAGAAUGCAAAUAUUCUGCCAGUAUUUUCCGAUAACAUGCUGCAUUCUUCUUUCCAUAAAUUUUCACAAGAUUCCCCAUGCCUUUGGAGCUCACCCCCCACCCCCCGCAAAACAUCAGUGAGCCACCACCAUGCUUCACAGUGGGGAUGGUAUUCUUUUCACUAUAGGCCUUGUUGACCCCUCACCAAACAUAGUUAUUGGUUUUGACCAUAAAGCUCUGUUUUGGUCUUGUUGUUCCAAAUUACAGUGUGCCAGAAGUUAUGAGGCGUCUCAAGGUGUUGUCGGGCAUAUUGUAUCCGGGCUUUUUUGUGGCAUUGGCGCAGUAAAUGCUUAUUUCUGGCAACUCAACCAUGCAGCUCAUUUUUGUUCAAGUAUCGUCGUAUUGUGCUACUUGAAACAACCACACAAUCUUUUUCCAGAGCAGACUGUAUUUCUCUUGAGGUUACCUGUGGAUUUUUCUUUGUAUCCCGAACAAUUCUUCUGGCACUUGUAGCUGAAAUCUUUCUUGGUCUACCUGACCUUGGCUUGGUAUCAAUAGAUCCCCGAAUUUUCCACUUAAGUGAUUGAACAGUACUAAAUGGCAUUUUCAAAGCUUUGGAUAUCGUUUUCUAUCCUUUUCCAUCUUUACAAAGUUCCAUUAUCUUGUUACGCAGGUCUUUUGAUAGUUCUUUACUGCUCCCCAUGGUUCAGUAUGUAGCCUGCUCAGUGCAUCCACGUGAGAGCUAACAAACUCAUUGGCUCAUUUAUACACAGGCACUAAUUACAAUUGAAAAAGCUACAGAUGUGGGAAAUUAACCUUUCAUUGCCAUUGUAACCUGUGUGUGUCACCUUGUGUGUCUGUAACAAGACCAAACAUUCAAGGGUAUGUAAACUUUUGAUCAAGCCAUUUGGGUGAUUUCUGUUAUCAUUAUGAUUUCAAAAGGAGCCAAACUUUUUUUGUGUGAUCAGUCACAUUUUCAAAAUCAAUGCCAAAAUGUCACAAUUUCUGCUAAGGUAUGCAAACUUUUGAGCACCACUGUAGGUCCAGCUAUACAGCCAUACAAUAUUUUAGGUUUAUCAGCUAAGCCUGUAUUGGGCACAUUUGAUUAUAAAUCUUGUCUUGUUUACUCACUCACGCAUUUGCCAUGAAGCAGAAGAGGGAACAGGCUGUAGGCACUCAAUGAACUUUGUUUUUUGUCAGAUUGCUCAAACAAGGUUCUACACAAUAUUUAAAAAUGACGCCCAGAUGUUCUUUAUCCUAUAACCAAUGUAAUGAUCGAUAGUCAUUGUGCUUAGAAUGUACCUUUAAAUAGUUAGUUCUGAAAUGGUAGCUCUGCCUUGCUUUUAUUUUAUUUUUUUUAUAUAUAUUUUUUUUAUUUAUUUUUUUAUUUAGUGGCUUUAUUAUAUUUAUUUGUGCUUUUUUAGGGUUGCUUUGUUUUUAAGCCAAGCGCAAAGAAGAAAAAGACUUCCAUCACAGCUGGUAAGUGAAAUGAUUAACGCUGACUCCAGUGAAGCUUUGGGUGUACCAUAGUUUAGCAGUAGAACAGGAAUACGUUAGACAAAAUAUCCUUGUGCGUAUGUGUAAACCGUUUUAAUGGUGCAACAAGAAUUCAAUUCGUGGUCCAUUUUAAAUUGUAAUAUCACUAUGUGUGCAAAUUAUAGCAAUCUUUUGUCUUUAAACAACUUGUAAUUCCCACAUCUAGAAAAAUAGCGUAUCAUUGACUAAGCUCCUAUCACUGGUAUUAUGCCUUUGUCCUAUUUCCUAUUUUUAAGGCGCAAGUGCAUUCUGAUAUAUUUUGUAUAAUACUUUGAUGUACUUGGGAAAACGUUGAAAGUUAGUAGAGAAUCAAAUGCUAUUGAGAAUUUAAUGUUCCAUGUAUUAAACCAUUGGUUAUAUUUCAGCUGACUAUUUUAAUGAAAGUCUUAAGGAUUCUGAAGAUGGCAAGAAACGAUUUGAGAGUUGUCAGUUGCUAUGGCAACAGAUGAAAUCACAGACAGAGGUAAAGACAUACUUUUGGGCAAUGUAUUUGAUCUUGUUAAGAUUUUUUUAUAUCAAAUUGCUGAAGACAUGCUUAUUAGAAGUUGAAACGCAAGAAAGUUAAAACACUAGAAGAAAAGUGGAGUGUUCAAUGAUAUUGAGACCCGGACACACAAGAAAUGUAGAAAUAUAACUCACUUGCUGAUACUUAUAAAGAUUUGGCAUUUCUUGUCAUCAUAAAUAAAUAGAAUACUAAGAUAGCCAAAACACACAUAACAGUGAAAAGUAUAUUGUCGAGCAGUUUAAGAAUUGUCAUCUAAAUGUUGACUUUACACAAAAAAAGAACCAUAAUGUGCUGAAAAAUUAUAAAUAUGUGUGUUCAGCACGAAUAUCCAAGAAAACAGUAGAGCACCUAUAGAUCAUAUAAUAGGCGUGGGAGAGGGGGGAUGGCAAUACAAUGGUAAUAAAUAAAUUUGACAUGUUCCAUGUGCUGAAAGACAUAUAGAAACAAAAAAAAUUGAUACUGGUGGAGUUGCUGGAUACAAAAAAAGCUCCCGAGCCAGUGCUGUAACAUAGGUUUUUACAAAGGGGACCUAGUAGAUCAGAGAGGAAGGAAGUUGUGAAUCAAACAAAAUGUCCCAAUUCAAACAUAUCAAUAUAUGCAAAAUCCUAAAAGUCCCUGAUCUGCUUUCGAGGGCACUUCUCUGAACUUGAUAUAAACAUUCAAGGUUGCUAAGCGGUCCCUAAUGCUUCUAAUGAAUGCAUAUCUUGUAUAUGCCACAAGAUUACAACAAAAGUGGUCCCCUUCAAGAAAAAAUAAUUGCCUGGUAAAUUAAAAGGAGCACACACAGCCCCAUGAUCUUCCAGCUCUGUCAGUGAAUGUGUGUCAAAUCAGUGAGUGUGUGUGUCUGUGUCCUCUGCAUGUAAAUGUGAGUCACUGUCCUCUAUGUAUGUUUAUCAGUGUGAGUGACUGUCAGUGUCCUCUGUGUGUGUGUGUGUAUAUAUAUAUAUAUAUAUAUAUAUAUAUAUAUAUAUAUAAUGUAUAUGUGUGUCAGUGUUCUCGGUGUGUAACAAUUAUCUGUGAAUUCUAUUUUCAUUGUGUGACUUUUAUACUUCAGAAUUAUAGUUCAGACACUUUUUUUUUUUUUCGAAAAAUAUUCUUAAUUACCUAAUUAGGUUUGUUCCCCAAUAUGGAAUUAACUUAAAAAUUAGUGACUGCACGAUUAAUUUGGCUUUUAAAACAAUAGAAAUUGCUUUCUUGAGGCAUGGGUAAGUAUGAUUUUAAAAAAUAUAUUUUAGAUCUCCAAGUUGACUUCUCCGUAAAAAAGGUUGAGAAACGCUGUUCUAGGCUGAGAAUCAUUUUCUUUCAAUUACUGCUCUUUAUUUACCGCUAUUAGCCAUUUUUCCCACUAGAUGGCACUAUAAAAUUCAAUUUGAAGAUUCAAGUUGCUAAAUCACAUAGGACACUUUGAGGGUUUAUACACUAAAGCACACAUUCCAGCAAAUUGCAGGAUAUAGGCAAACAUAGAAAUUCUUCAUCUCUGCUAUAGGGAUAGUUGAUGUUUUGUUUUCAGUGCACUCUAAUUUAUAGUUUAUUGUUUAUUAACAUUGCUUGGUCCAGUACUAUAAGACAUUGUUUUUUGUUUUGUUUUUUGCUUAUUGUAUUGAGCAAGAUUUGACAUUUCAUUGGGACAUGUGUUAAAUGGGACAGAGCCCAAUGUGUCAGGCAUGGAGUCUAGUGCCCCAGUGGAAAUCAUCACUUGUAUGAUUUUUAUUUCCCCAGCAACUACAAGAUGAACUGAACAGAAAGAUCUUUGAUAACCUAAUAUGCUUUUUAAGAAAAUCCCACUCAGACUUCCAGGAAAAGAAGGAUGCUUGGAGCUCAAGGAUGCGAUCUAGUGAAAUCCCUACAGCCGCACUGGUUCUUGGUGAAUACCAUCUUUUAUUCACAUUGUUUCAAUACCUUAAUUGAUUAUCUGCAUGGUUACCAUUAACAAAUGUAUUACCACAUUGUCUGUGCUGUAUUUUUACAAAGAUAAAGAGAGUACUAAGUAAUAAGUUAUUUGGCUAUUAAAAUUAAUAAAUUGAGCAGCUAUUGGUAACGUUUUAAGGGCUAUAAUUUGUGGCUUUGACAUCAUCAUGUGAUGUGAGCAGGAUAUUGCUUUGCUGCAGAGAGAUUUGGAUAGAUUUGGGGGACUGGGCACUAAAAUGGCAGAUUAAAUUUGAGUGUUUAUAGAGAAAUGCAAAGUUAUAAACUUCGGGGUCAAGAAUGCACAAUCAAAUUACACCCUAAAUGGUAGUGAAUUAUAACUACCUAAACGGUUGUGAAUGAUAACCACACACGAGAAGGAUUUGGGAAUUGUUAUAGACCACAAAUUAGGCAGCAAUAUGCAAUGUCAAUUUGCAGUUGCUAAGGCCAUUAAAGUUUUGUCAUGUAUAAAUAGGGGCAUAAAUUCUCGGGAUGAAAAUAUAAUUUUGCCUCUUUAUAAAUCACUGGUAAGACCACACCUUGAAUUUUGGGCACAUGUUCUAAAGAAGGAUAUCAUGGCACUAGAAAAAGUGCAGAGAUGAGCUACAAAAUUGAUAAAAAGGAAUGGAGCCUUUUAGUUACUAAAUGAGAUGGAUUAUAGUUUCUCUUGCAUCUUUUUUUCUGUUUCUGCAGGAGUUAAUGUUACAGAUCAUGACCUUACUUUUAGCAGCCUGACUGAUGUUAUCAAUGAUACUGUCAGUCCAUUUGUAGUCCUGUUACAAGCACAGGAAUGUCCAGGUAUGUGUCCUUUUGUAAUAUAAAAAAGGAAAAUUAUUUUUAUGUUUUUUUUUUCAGUAAAACUACAAGGAACACUCCAAGCACCAUAACUACUACAGUGCAGUGUCGUGGUUAUGGUGCCUGGAGUGCCCUGGCGUCAAGCCAAAUUUGUAAGAGAGCUCAACAAAAAACUCUGUUUGAGAUAGUGGAGGUGGGGAACAGUGCUUAUUGGAUCCCAGGUAAGAAGUCAAAACAUUCUAAAAUAUUUUUCAACUUACAAUGAGGGAGCCACUAGGCACUUUUGACACCAUAAUCACUACAGCAUGCUGUAGUGUUUAUGGUGCAUGGAGUGUUUCUUUAAAGCAGGCUUGUCCAACCUGUGGCCACCUAGAUGUUGCUGGACUACAACUCCCAUAAUUAUUUCAAUGAAACAGCCAGGGAUUUAUGGGAGUUGUAGUUCAGCAACAUCUGAAGAGAUGGGCGGGGGGAGCUGGUUGGACAGCCCUGCUUUAAAGGCUAUAAAAUUAAUUUAAAAAAAAUAUUUUUAAUGUGUGUUUUAGUUAUGUGGUCAUAGUGUCUGGAGUACCUUGGCACUGUCCUUCCAUUCAGUGUUGAGCCUUUCCUUUUUUUGUUGUUGCUUGGGUGGCAAUGAUUGGCUAAGAGUGUCAGUUAUUUUUUUUAAGCCAAUCACAACAGCCAUUGCAUGUAUUAAUUGGUAUGGUCAGAAAGAAGUGUGUAAUCUUUGCCUAUGUCAUUCAUCCAGUGGGGGUAGGGCUGUGGGUAGCCAUUCAAAGCUAAACUGCUCGAAAAUAGUUUAACAUGGAGGAUCAGUGCCAUGGGACUUCAAGUACUAUAAACAAUUCAGUGAGAUAAAAUGGUUAUAGACCCCAGAGAAGUGAUAGGCAACCUUUGGCACUCCAGAUGUUUUGGACUACAUCUCCCGUGAUGCUUUGCAAGCAGUAUGGCUGUAAGAGCAUUAUGGGAGAUGUAGUCCAUAACAUUUGGAGUGCAAAAGGUUGUCUUUCCACACAUUCUUCUCCCAAUAAAGCAUAUGUCCCUUUAAUAUGAUCUGACAUUCUUACUCACCUUUAUCUUGUUUCAAGGGAUAAAGCAGCUGCUACAGAAGCUCCUCUCGCAACUAAUGGGAUGUAGCGCGGAUCUUGAUAUUGAUGAUGAGGAACAUGUGACCAUAUCUCAGAGGAAAAUGAACUGUUCUAUGGCCUCUCUUACUGGCUGGUAUCAAAACAUUACAAAGGUACAUAUACAGCCAUCCUCAAAUCAGUCAUCUGUCUUGUAGGAGUGUGCAUCAAAUAAACCUACAAAAUAACUACACUUUAAUUAGUAUUAUUAUGUUUGCAUGUUUCAGUCUGUGUGUAUCAUUUUGCAUUUAUCAUUCUGUCAUUUUUUUGGGUGUCUGUGUGUAUCACUGUUUGCAGGGCCGAAUCAAGAAUUUGUGGCUAAGGCUGCACAGGUCAAGACAUAUUUUGCUGCCCCUAAAGGGCAUUUUUGCAUGUGUUGGCCUAUCUGUCUCCUAACCCAACCUUUCACCCCUCUUACCCAUUCUUUUACCAUUUUUGUGUCUGUUUCCCUCUUUUAUAAAUUACAUCCGCUUUUGUCAGUACUAUGUCUGCUUUUGCUUUUUUUCACUCGUUUCCCUCUGCUUGUGUUUCUUAUCCCCUAUUAAAUGUUUCACCUCCCUUUGUGUAUAUUAUUUCUCUUUUUUCCUUUUGUGUCUCUUGCCCCGACCCCAACUACAGUGUCUCUUACACUCUUGUGUCUCUUAACUCCCUCAGGGUUAUUUACUAAAGUCUGAAUUUCAAAUUUCAGGCAAGAGUAGCUGAACUAAAAGCAGAAAAUGGGCUUCUAUGUCUCUUGCUAAUCCCCCCCAUACACACAUUUGUGGCUAUUAUGCUCUCUGUAGUCUGUCUUCUCAGACAACAUUGGAGGAUCAUCUGUAUCCUAGACCCGAUCUGACAUGAAGCUGCUCACUAAAAAAUUCCUCCAUCCUUUCCAGUCACCACGAGCAACUCUAUUUCACUCUGGUUAAAUUUUAAAGGAGAUCCUCUGCCACAGUCAGACUCUGUGCACCACCUGUCCUGGGGACAUUGUUUCCUGCAGGCUGGUGUGCCCUUAGGCAGCUGCCUGUGCUGCCUUAUGGUAGUGCCAGUCCUCAGUGUUUUACAGAUGUGGAACACCAGAUGGCAAACUCAGAACGACUGUCCGAACCUGGGACUGUAUGAUAAGUAAACAAUUGAUAUUGAUGACUUUAUUAUUAUAAUAAACCGGUUCCAGAGAAGUAAAACUGUUCAUAAUUCGGUAUACACAGGUCAGUAAUAGGUGCUUUUUAUAUAUCUCCCACUGCAGAAGCCUAGCACACCAAAGAAAAAGCGCUCCUCAUCCUCUGAGCAUUGGCAGUCACCACCAGUCAUUGUGAUCUUCAAGGACCUGGAAAGUUUUCCAGCAAGUGUGCUGCAACAAUUUAUAGUCAUCAGCAGGUACCAGUUUGCACUUGCUUUCUUUUAAGGAGUGAUGAUCAGUGCAUGCCAAUUUCUGCUUUUUAUAGGAUGUUUUUAAAGGAUUUUUUUCCCUUUCCCCACAUUCUUCUCCCUGAGUAAAGCAUAUGAACAUUGUUUUUCCAGGUAGAAGAACAUCUCUGUUUGCUUUAACAAAUAUAAUGAUAAAACACUAUGAUCACUUUGCCAUGUUUUCGGGGACACCACUGAGUGGAUUGCAUUACCCUUGUCUUUGUUUCUUUAAACAAAAUACAGUUCUGCAACAGUCACUGGGUUCUGAUCUUUUCAUAUGUUUCAAAUUUACAGUUACUGCCUUUAAAGGACAUUUCUGCUUUUAAGGGGUCAUUUCCAGAAAAUUGACAGUUCAACUUUAAAAAUCACCAAACAUAAUAAAUGGGCUUUAUGCAGAAUUGUUCUUUUGUAAUUGGGCUGUUGAAUUGAACUAAAGGGAUACUCCAAGUGCCAAAACAACUUCAGCUCAAUGAAGCAGUUUUGGUGUAUAAACUAAACUAAACAAAAGAGGAGAUAACGUUGCGCCAAAACAGAAUAGACAAAGUGUAGUUACAAAUAUAUAAAAAAUAAAUAACAAGAAGUAGUCCAAUAAAAGUCCCAAUAAAACUUUGCCAAAAGAUAUAGCCUCAAAUAUGUCUGGAAUAAUUCUUCUAAAACCGUGUCAGACCAGGGUAUUCAUCCAUAUGUAAAAACAAAAGGAAAAACUAAUAGUGCAAUAUAUCCCAGAGAUCGAUAAUACCAGUAUAAAAAAAAGGUCUAAUAUAGUCCUACUCACAUUUUUAAGAGCCUAUAACCAGCUCUAGUAUGGAUAGCGUGCAAUGGUACAAUUCCCACUUAGGGAAACGUGAUGAUGUGUUGUUAGGUAGUUGUUUCAUCGCUAUGUAGACCAUGAAAGAAAUUUAAAAGAGACAGCAAUAGUGCUCCCUGUGUAAAAAAAAAAUAAAAAAUGCCAGGGAAAUGAAAUAAUAAAUGGUUACUCACAUUUUGUAGAGCAGACAAACUGCUCACUGUAUAGGACAUAAGUGGUAUAAUCCCCACCUUGGAUUCUUUAGGAGUAGUCCUCACUGGAACAUAAAAUGGAUGCCAGGUAGAAAAUAAAAGAACAAAUAAAAAAGUAAAAUGGCACACUCACAAAUGGAAGUAGCCAAAAUACCUUUAUUAAAACAAUAUAAAAAUAUCUACAAUGUGUUUCACCAACAAAUAAAAACCAUAAUACCCGUCAAACUUGUAAAAAAUAAAAUAAAAAAUCUGACGCUAAAUAAAUUAUUCCAUUUUCACCCGGCGAGGGCACUGCGCAGACUGAGCUCCGCAGGGCGCGGAAAGGCUUAUACAGCCUUCCCACGUCUUGCAGUUAGGCUCAGAGCACUGAUGAUGGAUUAAUUUUUUAGUGUUGGGUUUUUUAUUUCAUUUUUUACAAGUUUGACGGGUAUUAUGGUUUUUAUUUGGCUUCUUUUGGGGAUGAAAAAUAAAGAAUUUAGAAAAAAAGAUAUCAAAUGGUAAGUUUAAUUUUUUUUUACUGGCACUUAGUUCUUUUAUUCCCCCCUCACUAUUCUUAGGGUGAGGGGGGUAGGUAGGGGUUUAAUAAUUUAUUUUUUUUGGGUGGGGGGGGUGACUAGGUGCUUGGGUAAACCAAACAAGUCACCUUGUUGGGGGGGGGGACAUUUUCAUUUAGAGCCCCCACCCGCUGCUCAGGGGUGGGAGCCGGGGGGAGGACAAUAGGUCCCCCCACCUUAUUGUUAUUUAUGGCCCCCACCCACUGCUCAGGGGUGGUGGCCAGGGGGAGGAAAAUGGGACCUCCCCCAUUCUCAGUUAGGACCCUGGUGCUCAGAGGUGGGGGGAGGACAUUAUGCCCUCCCCCCCCCCCCUUUGCUAUUUAGGGCUCCCACCCAGGGGUGGGGGCCGGACGGGAGGACAAAAGUUCCCCCCCCCCAUUGUUAUUUAGGGUCCACACCUAACGCUCAGUAGUGAGGGCCGUGGGGGAGGACAAUAGGUCCCCCCCUCAUUGUUAUUUAUGCCCCCCUGCCGCUCAGGGGUGGGGGCCGGGGGGGUCUCUAGGUCUUCAGUUUAAUAGCCCCCACUCGCACGGUACAGGUGGGGGCUCGGGAGGGGGGACACUAUGGGGCUUUUUUUUUACUAGACAUGCCCUUACUCGUGGCAUAGCGAGUAGGGGCAGAAUUUACUAAUACUAAGUAACCUUUACUUAGUAUUAGUAAAUUUGGCUGAAAGACCAAUUUAGGUCUUUCAGUUUUUUGGUAAAUAACUUCCUAAUUCCCAUGGUAUUAGGGAGCUAUCUACUAAGCGGAUGCAAGAUGCAGCCGCGGCAUGAAUAGGAUCGGAAUUUGAUUCAUUCAAAUGAAAUUCCGAUCCGAACAAAGUCCCGAAUUGCGUCCCAACACGAAUGGAGAAACUGUUCUCAUCCUGUUAGGAUGCAAUUUGGUAGUUUUGCCGGCGUUCUGUCUAAAUGACAGGACGUUCGGGAAAAGUGAAAGGAAGCAUCGCGGGAACACGGAGGAAAGGUAAGAUUGUGGGAAAAUUUCUCUGACCACCAGAAAUUAAGCACACUUUGCUCCUCUGCUGGUCAGAGAUGGUCAGGCGUAGGAAUCCUCCAUAAGACAAAUAGUCCCUACUUUGUCUUAUGUUUUAAAGAAAAUUAGAGCAGACAGGAAGAAAUGAAGAACAGAUCCUAACAGAGGGAGAGAAGAGGAAUUGAUUAAAGAAAGGUAAGUUCGUCAUGACAGUGCCGCUUUAACUGCCUACAAGCUGUGAAAAAGACAUCUGUGUUUAUUUUUUUGAUGACAUUAUAUCAUUAGUUAGCACAUGUGUCCCUUUCAUGCAGAAAAGGAAGAGAUCAUGUGUCCAGAAAAAAGGACUAUAAUCCUGUUGGUUAGCUACAUCUCUAGUGGCGGCUGCUAGAGGAUUAUGGGAGUUGUAUUUGGUUGACAGCCUACUAGACUAUUACAUGUGUAUGUCUGAUCUUUAUAUUUGAAACAUUAAGUGAGCUACCUUAACACUGCCACACAUGUUAAGAGAAACUAUUACUUCUUUUUAAGCUUUGUAUACAUUUAAUGCAUAUAUUUUUGUCUUCCCAAUUUCACCAGUCGGUAUAUUCACAACCUGCCGCUUGUUUUCCUAUUUGGUAUUGCCACUUCUCCAGUGGUCAUUCAUCGUCUUCUUCCACACUCUGUCUCAUCACUUCUCUGCAUAGAACUUUUCCAGUCACUGUCCUGUACCGAGCAUCUGUCUACUGUUGUGAAUAAGGUAAAAACAAUAAAUAAAAUAAUAAUGUUUCAAAAAUCACAAGGUAUAAAGGCCAAUGUUUGGGUUCUACCUAUUAUCUACAUUGUCAUUAGUUUGUAUCAUGUUACUCUCCUUUAUUUCUCUUAUACAAAGAUUUGCUAUUGGGAAGGAGUAUUCUGGUUUAUAUGAUAUUUGCUUGUGAUAUAGAGAUAGAAAGUAUUUGAUAUACAGUUCCAAUAAUAAUAAUGCAGCUGAAUUAAAAUUAUUUGUAUUUUUAAAAGAUACAUUUUUACCUAGAUGAUUCAUUUUUAUGUAAAGCUUCUCAGAAACUGCUAUGUUUACAUCAGGCAGGGUUAACCUUAGAGGGACCUGACACCCAGACCACUUCAUUGAGCUGAAGUGGUCUGGGUGACUAUAGUGUCCUUUUAAUUUAUUUCUGUAUGCUAGCUUGUCUAAAGUCCAGUUAAACUUCCACAGCUAUUUAAACAGGUAGUCAUGUUAUGUGCCCGUUGUUUUACAAACCAUCAUUUCGUGUCUUGCAAAGCCACAAGUUACUGUAUUGCUGCUUUACAAGGUGCUAAGCCUGUUAUGUAUAAAAUAAUCAGCUAUUCUGCUAAAGACUAUCAUUACGUAAGUGUUGUGGAGGGCUCAGGAGGCAAAAGUACAGCUAAACACCAUGUAGAUUUCUACUGGUGAACUGAGUAUUGAUGUGUUUUUCAUGGUUAAUUACAUUUCCUAAAUCGAAUCAUGAAAUUGAACAUUUUUUUUUUAUUAUGUUUUCCUUAAUGAUUUAACCCCUUAAGGACACAUGACAUGUCAUGAUUCCCUUUUAUUCCAGAAGUUUGGUCCUUAAGGGGUUAAAGGACCACUAGAGGCACCCAGACCACUUCAGCUUAAUGAAGUGGUCUGGAUGCCAGGUCCAUCUAGGGUUAACCCUGCCUGCUGUAAACAUAGCAGUUUCAGAGAGUAUGUUUUCCUGACACGAUAGUCGUCCUUUAAAAGAAAAUAGAGUGGGCCAUCUGCAUAUAUCUUUAUUAAAUACCAUAAAUCUGUGCAACUGUGCAUUUUGCUGUGUAUUCUUUUUUUUUCUUUUUUAGGUAUGUUGAUAUGUCAGUGUGAUAAAACAUUUUAAAUAGCUUAAAUAGGAUUGACAACUAAUCAGGCUGACCACUAGAUGCACGUAGUUUUCAUGGUUCCUUAAGUGCAAACAUGAUUGGUAGAAUUUAAACGAUUUGUAGCUUGCUUUAUAGGUUUUCCUUAUCUUCUCUUAACAAAAUACAUUAAAUAGGCAAAAGUAUGAAAAAACUCAGAUUUGUUUAUUUUACCCACUCCCAUAGCUGGCUGGUCUAUUAACAAGCAAUCUCAGCAUUAAAACUUGUCAUUCGAAUAGCCUGAAGUUCUCAUUCUUUAAACAAUCAUAAGAUGCCACCACUCAAAAAGUUCAGUUCAUCAGACUUUUGCCCUGUAAGGACUUCUUUCGUUAACAGUAAUUGUUUUAGGUGAAAAUGGCUUGGAGAAACGGCAAUUGAGCCACAAAAUAGUAGGAAGAAAAAUGCAACAGGAGGAAAUUGACUUGUUCUGAAUGUACAUUACAUAAUAAACAUCUAUCCCUGGUUCUACACUCACUGCUGAGUUCCAAAUUGUCUCUGGAAGCAACAUCAGCACAUGGAUUGUUGAUCAGAAUCUCCAUGAAAUUAGUUUCUGUAGCUCCGCAGCAUAUGUCUACAAAGAUAUUGUAAAGUUCACUGCCAUUGAACUCUAGAUCAGUGGAAAAAUAUUCGCUGGUGUGAUAUAUUAAAGUAUACAUAUCACUUUCAGGUCUUUGCAUAUUUUGCAAAGACCCCUGAAAAUGACAUCUCCGCUUAGUGUGAUGUUCGAUACAGUUGAAGUUAGAUAUAUUCGCCUAAAGUUUCUCCCCACUGCUGCUGCCUUGUUAUGCCCAUGGAUCUUCAACUUCUGGUAUUUCCUCUAUUAGGAGCCAUGUCGCUGCUCCAAUCCUACAUAUGCUUGAGAGUUCAACAGUGAGGCAAGACCACAGAAACCUCAAUGAAGCUUGAUGUAAAUCUCAGACUUGCCAGUAAGACAAACUAUUCCCUACUUUGUCUUAUAUCUCUGGAUUGCAUUCAAUGAAAUUCCAGUGAAGUUAAUAUUUCGUGAAGAUUAUAUCUUUAUGAAGUACUCAGAAGUGACAGAGCCACUUUAAGCAUCACCACAUGGUCAUUUGAUAGAUGACAGAAGAAUGAUACCUGCCGGACUGAAUAAUGUCAAUAAUGAAGAUUGAUUUUAAGAGGAAUAAUGGUCUAGGGCUGGCCCAAAUGGUCGGGAGAGGUUACUUCUUUCCAGUGAAGGGUCCAUUUGGAAAUGUUGUAUAGUCAUUGGUGUUGAAGAAUGAGGGUGACAUCAAUCACAUCAAGCAUUUUUUGAAAGGAUGAACUGAAAUAAUUAUUACCAGCUAGGGUUAAUCAACCAAAACCAUUGCACCACACUACUAGUACCCUUGUGGCUCUGUGGGAGCAUAUUCUCAAAUAAAUGUUUCAACAUGUUAUCAGUGGAAAGCAUUCACAGGAUAGUGUGGCGUGAGGAACCAAGCAAUCAAGUCAUAUUUCUUCUCUAGAUCCAUGGAAUGUGGUAUGUAAUGAGUAAAUGUCCACAUUAUUGAAGUUAUAUAAUCUACACUGAAAAUCUUCAUUUAUGGGGAAAAAAAAAGUGUGAAUCUUUAUAGCAUGUUGGGUAAAUGUACUAAAGUACAAUAAGCUACUGAAGUCAUGGUCUAGGGAAAAUGAAAAGAUCUUGUUCCUGGGAUAUUCUGUGUACUUAAUUUAACAUUGGGCUACAUAAGAUAACAGAAACUGGAGAGUUUUGUCACUGAUAUUUUUUUGACAUACAGUCAUUGAGCUUGUUCAGUUCAGGCCUCAAGAUGGCAAACCAGUAUACACACACAUGUUAAUUGUAAAAUCUUUUGGAAUUUAUUGGACAUUAUUGUGUCUUCUCCAUACUAACUGUAAGUUGUACAUUUUGAUGGUUAUAGCAAUAAUUUUAAAAUACAAUUUGUUUCUCCAGCUUCUCCUUUCAAACUAUUUCCCCUUCAAACUCAGUGGCAAAGUCUUGCAGGUUCUCAUCACAAUCUUUUUAUAUCACGAUUUCUCUGUUCAGAAUUUCAUAAAAGGGCUCCAGGUAAGUGUAUUCAUUAUGAUAUUGUAAAUAAGAUAAAGCCUAAAUUUACAGGGAGCUUGAGCUUCAGUCUAGCAUAGUUUUGUUUCUAGAACAAUUUCUUCUUAAUCCAGUGGGUGUAAAAUGCACCCUUUAUGAAUAUGUUUAAACAUGAUGUCAGUUGCUUAGUGUGUGUGUGUGUGUGUGUGUGUGUGUAUAUAUUUAUACAGGCCACAAAAACCUCAAUGAAGCUUGAUGUAAAUCUCACACACACACAACACAAUUCUAAACGCAACACUUUUGUUUUUGCCCCCAUUUUUUUCUUCAAAUAUCUAAGACUUUUUCUAUGUACACAAAAGGCCUUUUUCUCUCAAAUAUUGUUCACAAAUCUGUCUAAUUCUGUGUUAGUGAGCACUUCUCCUUUGCCGAGAUAAUCCAUACACCUCACACGUGUGGCACAUCAAGAUGCUGAUUAGACAGCAUGAUUAUUGCACUGGUGUGCCUUAGGCUGGCCCCAAUAAAAGGCCAAUCUAAAAUCUAGAGUACUAAAGUACUAGAAUAACAUAAAUGCUGCUCUUCUCUGUCACUGUUUAAAACCUUGCUGUUUGUGAGAAACAGUGCUGCUUAUAUUUUGAAUUUUUCAUGCCUCUAGUGGCUUUGAUUCAGGCAGCUACUAGGACAGGGUUAGGCAACCUUCGACACUCCAGAUGAUUUUCACAAGAUUAUUAAAUGAAUCUAUUUGUUGUCUGGUAGGAGCCUGCAAAGUAUGCUGACACCAGAUACUGUAUAUGCAUCCAGUGCUUCUUUAUGAGAACCCUUGGAUUCAAUGCUUCUCAUAGAGAUGCAUGUGACUGUGUCCUCCAUGGGCGGGAUGGAGAACUUACAUCAACUGGUAAAGGAACACAUGGCACUAAAUUAAACAUAUAUAAAAAAAAAUGUAACUACUUCUUUAUGUCUGUAAUAUAUUUUAAUUAUACAUAAUUUUUGUUUAUCAUUUAUUUUAGGACUGCUAAAUAUUGGGCUAGCAUUUAUAAACAGGCAAUUUCUCUAUGAAAAAUAAAAUGGCGUAUUAUUGAAAUAGUUAAUUCUCUCCUUCUGAUUUUGCAGCUGUCAGUGAUAGAACACUUUUACUCCCAGCCGCUCAGUGUGCUAUGCUGCAGUCUUUUUGAAGCUAUUAAAUAUGUGAACAACUUAUCACAUGCACAAUGCGAAAACGUUCGGCAUUUGCCUUCUUUUAUGAGGUAAUGGGGUUUUUCAUUGCCAUUUUCUGAUUCACUUAUUUGAAAAACCUCACCCUAUUGGGAACAGAAUUGAGACAAUUGUGCCGUAAAUUGGAAGAGCUCAAUAUUGGGAAAUAAGAUAGGUGAGGAAUGGGUGAAACCAGUAACCACUGAAAGCAAUCACUCAAAGAUGCUUAGAGAAAUGAAGUAAAGCAAACUUGUUCACACUGUUUUGUUGUGUGUGUCUAUAUAUAAUUAUCAUUGUUAACCACAGAAUAAAGUGUUCUGCCAAUAUACGUUUUACAGAUAUUUUAUUUUGGGAUUUUUUGAAAAAUAAAAAGUGCUAUGGAAGCCUUGAUGUCUAAUUAACAUCAUAUUGAUCUGAUAAGUAAUCCUAAUUUUUGUGGUUUACACUGCAUACUUUCCCCCCCAGUUUAUUAAAUUUGCCUUCCAGGAUGACAUUGGCAUUUGUGGUUUCAGCUGCUUCAAGAAUUAAUUUGAAAGGUACUCCAGAAGUUGAGGUGGAGGGGUUUGGUAAACUGAAAGCAAAUUAAAGGCCAUUUAGUACCAAUGACUAGUUCCCCGUGACCUAGUCAUUAACAGUUGUCUUUAUACCUUUAUGCCAGGGUUGCCCAAAUGGUAGAUCCCCAGAUGUUAAAACUACAGCUUCCAUGAUGCUUUGUCAUUCUAAAGACAUGCAAAUCAUGGGAGUUGUACUUCUACGACAUAUGGAGAUCUACCUUUUAGGCACUCCUGCUCUAGGCCAAAUGCAAAGAGAUACACCCAAAAAGGUAUAGCACUUAAAAAAACUUUUUUUUUUUUUUUUUUUUUUAGCAAAUAAGAAGGUGAAUAUUAAUUUAAAAAAUUCAUAAAAUGCAGUGUAGACCUUGUGUUGUAAUGUCAAAGAUUGAUUGUAGAUUGGAAGAAAAGAUUCCACUUUUGCUGGGUAAAUGUGAGGUAUGCAAAUUUAUUAAAAUAUAUAUUUAAUACUGUUAAAGGUGCUUCAAACCUUAAUUUUUGUUAUAAUUUUGCAAUGCUGCAGACAAUGUUAUAAAGUAAAUUAAAGUUUGAUUGGUCUUCUUGUUUACUUUCAGUUAUGUUGAAACCCAAACACCAGAUGUGCAAGUAAAACUUUUGACUAGUGACAGCUAUUUAAAGGUACAUUCUCGGUUUCAAAGAUUUGCUUUUGGAUAAUGUAAAUAUCGCUAGUCUCCACAAUCUUUUUAUUUAUUUAUUGUUCAAUGUACAAUUGUACACUUGUGCUACCUGUUCCAUGCACCAGGCACUCCAGCUUCAGUUUUUCCCAACUUGCAUCAUUAUGGACUCACUUCUGUGGCCUUGUAUCUUCGCCCAUGUCCAUGCUUUGACUCACUAUAUCUUUUAACUGGGUUGGAAUUUCAAUCAAAUUACAACACAGCCAAUGUUAGUAUUUCAUAAAGAUUCUGUCUUUAUGAAAUACUCAUUUUGGAAAUGGGGUGAGAGAGCUGCUUUGAGCCUGGCCACUCUAAGAUCCAGUAAUAUGCCUUACUAUCUUUUCUGUCUGUGCCUUUUGUUAGGUGUUGACUUUUAUCUUGCAGAGGAAACUAAACGUUCCUAAUUAAACAUGAAUGUUAAUGCCUUGAAACGUAUAGUUUAGUCACUGAAACUGUUUGUUUACAUCAUGUGCCUCUCUGUGUAAUAUACUUCAUGUGUUUGGGCCAGAAAUAAUUUACCUGCAGCCAAAUAUCUGCUUCCUUCUUUACUGCUUUGUCUUUUACUGAAAAAAAUUAAAUAAAUCUACUUUAAAGGUUUACCAAUAAGUACUAAAAGGGGUAAAAUUGUAUUUAUUUUUUAUCUCAUCUCAUCUUUUUGGAUACCAUAAUUACAUCUGUUAUUUACUAAUUACAUCCCAAAUCUAGGAGUAUCUUAUUUUCAAAUGUCAGUAUUGCAAAUUAUGGGCAUAAUAUAUUUGUGAUUUUACUUCUUUUUGGAAGUACAAGGUAUAAUUAAACCCCUUGUGUAACCUAAUUGCCGCAACUCCAACAAAAACAGGGGAUAACUUAUGGAAAAUGAUGAGCCAAUGGUCAUAGUUACUCAUUGUGUUCCCAUUAAGAGAAGGAAGUCGAUGCCGGUCCUAUGGUUCCGUGUAGACAAAUAGGCCAUAAAAUCUCCGGAUACCGCACAAACAACUGUUCCAUCCAAUAUCACAAGAAGUGACCAUAAAAGCACAGGUUUAUUGCUCAAACAUAGUAUAUAAAGCAACAUAUAGCAGGCAAAAUCACCUCCCAGACCCCACAUUGUACUAGGGUAUAUUCAAUAACUUAAAAAUAGAAUAAAAUGGGUGGGGGGGGGAGCCACCAGUGUCUGUAUUUGUGAGGGAGGAGGGACCAGAGAAAAUGCUUAUAAGCUGCAUGGAAAGACCCGCUAAUGUAAUGAUGCUUUAUCAAAAUAAUAAAUAUAUUUUUUUUUUUAAAUCAGGCUCAAACAGGCAAGUUUAUUGAAAAUUUACAUUCCUAUCAUGAGACUUUCACCCCAGUACUGAGAUGUCUUCAUAAUUUCACAAGUAUACUUCCCAAGUAUCCUAUGGGAAAACAGGUACAAUUGAAUGUGUAAUUAUAUACAUUUUGUUUUUUAAUAUUUGUUUGUAAAAUAAUGUGUUUAUUUGGGUAUUCAGCUAAAAAAUAUGCUACUGAGGCAGUGAUGGCUACAGAUUGCUGUAGGCUGGUAGCCCAACAUUAUCAGUGUAUAGUUGCUUAUUGGUGCAAAAAAAUGAACAGGCUACUGCAAAAGUGAACUCACAUUCACAGAUCCACAGUAUCUGUGAAUGAGAGGGUUUCUUGGGGACUGUGGAAAUGUUCAUCAAACCACUCAAAAUAUUUUCCCUUUAUUUAGUCCCAAAAAAAUGAAAUGUUAAAAUUAAAUUAACAGACUAAUAGUUGUAGUUUAUUUUUCUGGUAUUUGGCAGUAUCAUUGUUGUUCACUAAACCAGGAAGGGAAUUUCAGAUUUUACAUUAAAAUAGCUGAACAAGCUUAGUUAUUUUGACUAUCAAUCUUUAAAGGGACACUAUAGCCACCAAAACAACUACAGCUUAAUGUAGUUGUUCUGGUGAGUGUGAUCAUUAUAUGCAGGCUUUUUUAUGCAAACACUGUGUUUUCAGAGAAAAGGCAGUGUUUACAUUGCCCCUAGGGACACCUCCAAGUGGCCACUCCUCAGAUGGCCACUGGAGGGGCUUCCUGGCAAAGUAGGCAACAGUGCCGUUCAGCGUCUCCACGCUCUGCAUGGGGUCGCUGAAUUUUCCUCAUAGAGAUGCUUUGAAUUAAUGCAUCUCUAUGAGGAGGUGCUAUUUGGCCAAAACGGUGGUUGGCCCCACCUCUGUGCCGAUUUCAGCCAAUCCAAUGCUUUACCCAUUGGCACGUCUGAUGAUGUCACCAAUGGGGCGGAGCUAGCGCCGGCGGUCACGCGCAGUGCUGGAAUUAAGGUGAAUUUUAUUAACUUUAAAGGGGACUGGGGGAGGGGGGGGACUCCACAGUCUAUUUCUUUGUGUGUCUGUUUAUACCUGUUCUAAACAUGUUGUAUUUUGUCACUAGAUAAGAGAACUUUAUUGUGCUUGUCUAGAAAGGAACAUUUGGGAAAGUGACGACUAUGAGGCAUCGUUGGCCCUGCUUCGGUGAGUUUAUUUCUAGCACAUUGGAAGUGUCAACUGUGAUUCUGUCAAAAUUUUAAAUAGGUUUGAGCUGUUUCUCAGAGUCCACAGCCCGGGAAAAAUCAGAUCAACACCAAUGGAAGGGUUUACGGUUGAACAUGAUGAUCUUACUCUGUUGUUCUGUUUAAUCCUUCUUUACUAAAUUUUGGUAUAGCUUUUAUUGCUAUUAUGUUAGAACUCUUUGUCAUGGCACGCACAAAUGUGUUAUUUGCAUGUUAGGAGAGCGAGAGAAAAAAUAGUUUACAAUAACUACAUUUAACCUAACAUUGCACCUAAUGUGUAACAGUUGUUUUGUUAUCUGUCUUGCAGUGUCCCUUUAAAGGAGAAUUUACACAUCCCAUAAGUUUAUAUAUUAAGCUUAGUUAUACCCUAUAUUUAAUCAAUGGGAGUGAGAUGAAUUAAAGUCCUCUGUUUUAAAUAGUGUUGCAAAAUGUUCAAGAGUGUGAGUCACCAAUGUGUGUGUAGUAUCCCUAUGUGUAAUAAAUUGCAUUAAAAAGGUAAAAAAACUUUAAAAAAGGUACAAAUCCUAUAAAAGCACAAAUCACCCCCAAUAUUUCAGUUUCUCCUUCUCCAGCAUAAAUGUGUGUGCACUGACUAUGUUCUCAUGGAACUAGUUGUGAUAACAGUUGCAAAAUCUUUUAUAUGCGUUUAAAAGAGAACAGAGCAUCGUAUGAAAAAAAUAAUUGCCAGAAUUUAUGGUGGUUUUCAAUAUUUUAUGCACCAAUGUAAUUUCCAGAGAACUGACCCCUUUUUAAAUAUAAAUUUACAGUUGAAAAUGUAUUGUCAAAAUGCACAGACUUUCAGCUGUUUGAAAUGAACAAAUCAAACAAAAGCAAUAAAAAUAGCUCAACAACAAAGGCUUCAAGUGAUUUCCCCAAAUUCAACUGAAAAUGCAACUUACAAUAUCAUCUCCAGUCUCAAAACUAUUCAAUACUCUGAAUAUAAUCUCACAACAGCACAAAUAUGCAACACAGGUGUUUUCAAGUGCACCUUAUGCAACUAAUCAAGUGCUGCAUGUUUACAUGUUAGAAAUAUGGCUGAGUCAAAAGAAUUGUCCACAAAGUUAAGAGAAGAGAUCCUCUUCACAAACAAGGAACAGGAUACAAUAAGAUAACGAUCAUGAAUUUUCCUAGAGACACCAUUGGACACAUAGUUUACAAGUUCAAAGUUGAAGAAACAGUGGAUAAACAACCUGAAGGGGGCAGAAAAAAAAGGAAGCUAUCUAUGGCUGCAAAAAUAUUUCUGAGAAUGUAGGUUGUGAAAAACCCUUGAGUGACUGCAAAAGACCUGCAGCAAGACUUGGUGGCAACAAGUUUUGCUGCAGGUCAGCGAGCACAGUAACGUACUAAACACGGAAGGUUUCCAUGCCAGAACUACAAGACAUACACCACUACUGACCUAAAAGCACUAGAAAAGGCGGCCCCAAUAUCCUCAAAAUCAUAUAAAUAAAGGGGCAGGGCCGGCCGCCGAACAGUCGCACAAUGGAGUAGCUCUCCAGUUUUGGCACUUAAAAGCUAAUUUUAUACUCACCCGACGACUGGCAGCUGUGACCCAGUGCGAGAAGCCACCCUGGUCCCGAGGAGAGGCUUGCUGCGAAGUUUUAGUCCCUCGGAGGGGCGAUCCCCGUAAUCCACAAUGGGGACCGCUCGGGCGGUGAGUGGGGUGGACAGCCACUGCCCAGCUAUCCUGCCCACCAGUGGCAAGGCAGAAGCACGAGGCUAGGCGGACCUGGCCCUGUUCCCCCCCACCCCCCUUGUGGGCCGGCGGGGGUGAUCCCGGCCCCCACCUUGUGGCCCAUCGGAGUGCAACAACACCGGCACCCGGAGCAACAACAGGGCGGACAUGGAGCACAGAGGCGCUUCCAAAAUGGCGGACACCGCAUGCCAUGCCACCCAUGAUCGAGGACUGACUGGUGCACCCACCUCUCCUGACUCCACACGGGCGGAUUGCCAAUGCGGGAUAAGCGGGAACAAGCGAGCACAAGCUAUAACCCCACAAGCCAAGCUAUAGAGGAACAGCACUAAACCGAGCAAGCCAAAGCCACACAUUACAGAGUAGGAUACCGCCACAGCGCCCUGGCCUUACCUGCCAUACCGCCCAGAUCACCACAUGGGGGCAGAAAAAGAAAGAUUGACGACAUACAGCCGACACACUGCAACCAACGAACGGCACGACUACAGGGACUUCUCUCCUGCCAAAGACAGGAAUCCGACUGAAACGCAGGACAACCACAAAAGGACUACCAUCAUUAUACAAUGCCACCCAACAGGACAAGAAAUAACAUCUCCAGACCUUUUGUCCCUCUUGAAAAAUUACAAAUCUUCCAUGUCUACAGAAGGGUAUCAAAAUAUGCAACCACGGAUCACCGCCUUGCUGGCAUGGAGUCCAGUUGGGAUGGAAAAGCUACAGGGCAAUCUUAAAUGCUGACGCUUCCUUUGUUUUACUGUGUUUGUCUUCCAACCACUGAAUCUCUAGUUAAAGCCUAGCACAACAUGCAACUACAUAUUUUAUGCCUAGUCAGACAAGAAGUAAGCUUAGCCACCUCACUAAUCAGUCUAACAUGUACUUAUUAUACAGUCUUGCUCAUAUAAUGAUUAUACUAGUCAUGUUUUCCCUCUUUGUCACUCCUCUGAAUACUCCUCCCUAACAUGACCAUAAGCUAUACAAGCAUGAAGAUUCUGUUGUUAUACUGUAAUUUCUACAAAUAAAGGGGGGUGUAUCUGACGUAAUGUACGCGGCUAGAUAAUCUUUUCUGAUGCCAGUUGCAAUGUCUCUGUUAAUCUGCUAAAACUUCAAAGCACAAGAUAAAUAAAGAAUUAUAAAAAAAAACAAAAAAAACUCAUAAAUAAGCCACAGACAUUUGGGGAUUCUGUGCUGUGGAUCAAUGAAACAAAACUGGAACUUUCAUGCCCAAUGGAUCAGUGGUAUGUCUCGACGAAAAUAAUGAAGCAUAUGCUGAAAAGAACACUGCCUACAGUUAAGCAUGGUGGUGGCUCUGUGAUGCUCUGGGGCUGCUUUGCAUCCUCUGGCACUGGAAACCUGCAGCGUGUGGACGGCAAGAUGGAUUAAUUGAAGUAUCAGGAAAUCCUAGGAAAAAACGUCAUGCUUUCUGUGAGGAAGCUUGGACGUCAUUGGACCUUCCAACAAGACAAUGCCAAGCAUAUCUCAAAUUCCAUUAAGGCUUGGUUGCUGAAGAAGUCCUGGAAAGUUCAUAGAAAAUCUCUAGUAUUUGAAGAAGGCAAUUGUAGAAUGCAAACCCCACAUGUACACACACACAAAAACUUGUACCCCACCCCCAAUCAUUGCUCCCUGUCUUGUCAACGCCUAGAUGCCAAACUCCAGCGUCUGGUAUGAUAACCUUGAUGGAGCACACUCCUAGAUCUUUUUAGUGCAUAGAAAGUAUUUUUCAAAACUUGAAAUGUUGUACAAAUUGUGUUAUUUUCAAUGCACAAAGACCUUCCCAGUUGUUCACAUUUUUCUCAUUACCUGAGUAAAAUCAUCUAAAUUGUUCAUCUCCUAGUGUUCAACAUCCUCUGCUAGUGUACCAUAUGUUAUUUUAUUAUUGAAACCAGAUCUAUUCACAGACACUUAUUUUCAUGUAGACCGCAAACAUAUUAUCACUAUAUUAUAUAUCAGUAUCCUUACCAUAUUAAUAUAAUUAAAAUAGUAUUCGACAAGCGCAAAGGACGAUUUCUUACGUAGGCCGUAGUUAAUGUUUGCAAUACCACUUUGUUCCAUGUGACUAGAAGAGACAUAAUGGCUCUGAGACAUGAAGGUCAUAUUUAAACAGACUAAUAAAUGUGCCAUUUAAACCUUUGAGGCACUAAUAGCAUUUUUGAGUUUUUUUCUUCUUCAAUGUUCUACCUUAUCAAAACACCCAGACGUCUGUGUGAUGAAUGUUGUCUAAAAUGAGUGAACGAAUGGGGGUUGUGUCCCCUUAUACAAGUAAUUAAUAUUCCUUCACUUAAAAUUGUAUUUUUAAUUAUUUCUUCAGUCUGAAAAAUUUGCCCUAAUGCUGGUAAAGCAUUAUGGGUCUUGUAAUUCUGCAAUAGCUUAUGGUCUGGCAUUUGGCCAUCUCUGGAUUUAUCCUAUUUUUACCUAUCCAGACUCUUCAAAAUAAGUUGGCAGGUUUUGGAUUAUGCACCAUAUCAAUCCUUAAAGCAAUACUGUCAAAGCACAGCAUGGAUAAUAAAUUACCCAUCACUGUGCCAAAUGCAUGGAAUCUCAGAGUGUGCAUGCGCGUGCUGAGCAUGCAUGAUCGCUCCCAUAGGAUAAUUGUAUUUUAUAUUUGACUCUGUUGCCUAUUUCAUCCCUGUCAAUGUUUCAAAAGGAGUGUUUACUGAGGAAGAGACUCCGCAGCUGUCACAAACAGAGAAGUCACCGUUUCACUUUAAAGCACAUGAACAUUUUAUUUAUAAAAAAUAUAUAUAAUUUGUGUCCUCGGUUUUAUUUUUUUGUUUUUGUUUUUGUUUUUGCAGGAUGUUAGCUAAAGAUGAACUUGUAACCACAACUGAGAAAUGUUUGAAUGUUUUAAAAGAAUUUCCUGGAAAACAGCUUUGUGGUGAAUUAAAAAAACUGGAAACAUUCCUGGAUUUAUUCCAGAAUCUUGAAGGUAAAUGUAUAGUUUAAAGCCGACUCUAAUUUUACAAAAUACAAGUUGGCAUGUGGCAUUUUGUUGCAGUUAAUGUUUCCUUUAACCAGUUUCACUGUCAAAUAUGAUGCAUGUUCAAUAAUAAUUGCUGCUGUCAAUUAAUGUAUUUUUUGUUAUAGAUCAAACAGUUAGGAGGUACUACGGAAACAAUGUCCAUUCCUAUAAUUAAUGGAGAGGUUAAGCACCAGAAGUACUGUUUGCCUCAAAGCUGUUAUAACUUAAUAUUAGCAACCGGUUUACACGGUCCACUUCUGUUCUUAACAUAAUUAUGUAUCUCAUGUUCGUUUACAAGAAUACUGGCAAUAUGAUUAGCUUUUAUUGGUUAUUACCUUGACUUACGUCAAGAAAAUUGCAAUUAUUCAUUAUUAAUUCAUUAUUAUAGAAACUUCACCAGAACACAAUAAAAGGUUUACUCUGUGCUUGUACAUUGCAAAAUUUCACUUUAGUUUUAAAUAACAUUAUAUUGCUAUGCAAUGUUUUCACAGGUAUUCACUGAAAAUAAAUACAUUAUAAAUAGACUUUAAAGGCCCACUGCAGCGUUAGUAAUUCAAAUCUGUAUUGUGUCCCUCUCCCUAGCUCUACAUAGGUGUCGCCCCCGCCCCCCAUUUGUCGGCACAAAUUAACCACAACUAUGGAAACAAGCCCAAUGUCUGUCCUAAGAAUUUUUACCUGGAUCAGUGUCCUAGUUUGAGGUGCUCCAUCUUGUGUUCCUCUAGUAUUAAAAGAACUCUAAUUAAAUACUGUGAACAGUCAUUCCUAUUGUGCGGUAAUAAGCCCUGAUAUGUUCCGCAGCUCUGCACAAUGGAUUGAUGAUGAGAUGUAGAAUUUUUUUUUUUUUUUUUAAAUUUUCACAUCAUUUUAGAGGAGCCAGUAUUGGUAGGCCCUUCUCAAACAUAAAACAAUGCCACAUUGAGCUGUGCUCUGAAAAUAUUUGUAGUGCGUUUCUUUAUAACCAAUCGAUUCCAAGGAUUGGUGAAGGUUCAUUACGUUUCCCAGUAUCCUGUUGACAUUUAUUCAGGAGUGGUGAGGAAUGUUUCUGAUACGUGGCUCUGCACCUUUUUGAGCAACUCUAGUUAAUAAUUUGUUGGCUGCAACCAUUAUAUUCGUAUUAUGGAUUGCGGAGAUGAAAAUAAUAGGGAUAACCAUUUGUGAGCUGAAUGUGGCUAAACAAAAGGGAUUAUAUGAUUUCACAUGUGCUCAAGCUGUUUUUGUACAAAUGGUACAUGGUUUAUUUUUCUAUUUAGCCAUAAAUAUUAAAUAUCGCUGUAUGCAUUAUAUUUUGUAUUUUAGAUGUCAUGGACCAUAAGAAUCUGCAAUCAGCCUACUAUUUCCUUCUAUAAAUAUGCCCCUAUAAUUUUAUUUUUUCUGAUAGGUGAUGGGGACAAAAAAUUUAUGUACUGACACAUUUUUUUCUUACAAUUUUGGGAGAUACAUAUAUGGUUGUAUCUAAAGAGCGACCAAUGGAAUUCAAGUAACUAAAUUUGUUACUUACCGUAUUAUUAUUUAAAACAUUUUUAAAGCAAACCAUGUUUCUCAGAUGAUCUAAUUAUUUAUUCCAGAUAUCCCUUGAGAUCUCACUGGUGGAAAGGAUCAAAACAUACUGAUUUCUUUGAACCUCUGCCAAAUGUAUGGUCUUUGAACUCCUUAGUUUUGGCUUUAGGGUCCAGCUGAUACAAUGCAUUUAUUUUAAACUACUCUGAUUCCUGUUUAUUGUAAACAGAGGGUUAAAGAGAGACACAGUAAAUCCUUCAAAACCCAACAGUCACAGCUGUGUCAACAGUAUUAAUUCAGAAGUUGCCAUUGAACACAUUUAAAAUAACUUUGUGCUGCAGCAUCUGGUUUAACUCUUGGCCCACCCAUCAUUAAAGAGGAACCAGUGUUAUUCUGGUGGAUGAGAGAUUAAUGUGAACAUCAUGCUGUAGAUAGCCGUGUUGCUUUUCUACAUCUAUACAAUCGCAUAUCUGUCUCUGAAUAAGAAUGCAGAAAAUUCAGGUAGCUAAAACAUUUAAAGCGAAAACAGUUUUAUAAAAUUAAGUUUGUUUAUGAAUUAUUAUUCAUGUACUCCAAAGUUAUUUUGCCUGAAUCCUUUUCUAAAUAUUUUAAAAUUCCUGUUAUAUGGAGCUUUAUUUAGCCCAUUUUAAAACAUUCAUUGACCUAACUGCUAUCUUAGCAAAUGCCAAUUUGAGUCUUUACUGGAGUGUUUUCAGUCCAUCUAGCACAAACUUUCAAAUUAUUAUUAUUAUUAUUUUUUUUAUAGCAAAUUCAUAAAGUGCAAUAAUGCUUAUAGGUAUUCUGUUAGUGUCAAUGUGUUUUAUAUCUGUGAUGGUGCUAGGUUAAUGCUUCAUUUCUUUGUUGCCUGGGUUUAUUCUAGCACAGACCUGUUGUUCACAGAGCUCCAGCGGUUUUUGUGUUAUCUUAUUUAAUGUCAGAACCUCUGACAUAAUUCACAAUAGAAACUAACUGCAAACUUCACAUUAGCACAGCAGUAAUAGGGUUCUUGCAAUUAUGUUUUCCAGGGGAACAAAUAGACAUCAUUGAGGAGGAAGUAAUUUCACCCCAGAAAACCCUCCAGAAAAAAACAGACCUUUACCAGCUUCAGAAGGUUAGUCUCUGAGUCCAUUACUUAUAAUACCUUCAUUAUAGCAAUCUUAUUUACAUUUAAGCAAAUAUAGUUUAGUGAAAAGUGUUUAUAAUUAUGUGAUUCAAAGUACACAGAACAUGCCAAACACUUUGACGUGUGUGUGUGUGUGUGUGUGUGUGUGUAUAUAUAUAUAUAUAUAUAUAUAUAUAUAUAUAUAUAUAUAUGUGUAUGUGUAUAUAUGUGUAUGUAUGAGUGUGAACCGGGACCUGCUUGACUGCUGCAGCAGGCUCAUGAGAGACGCUACAUGGAACCUAUGCGAGAACUAUGGAUAAAUAAAAGACCAUCCUCUACACUAAUACCAAAAUCGCUAUUUACACAACAUUUGAUCAUAGUCUAGACCAGACUAACAUCACAACUGGAAUGAGAUGUACUACACAAAAGAACAUACAUGAACCAUGAGGGGACUCCCAUACCCACACCAAUACGUACACAGGGUGAUAUGAGGGAUGAUCUUAGAAAAGCUAUUAGUUCUUGGCCACCAGAUAAGACUACCAAAAAUCACUGGUAGGCUAGCAGGGGUUAAUGAGGCACUAAAAGCAAUACAUAAGUUAGUAAGCUAAUUAAAUUCACAGAGGUGGAGAGAUCAAGGAUAGAUCUUGGCAACUAAGGAUAUACAAGGGAGGCUCUGGGAAUAGCCAAGCAAAAGCUCACAGCACUGGUAAUUAGACUGAGCAGAUACACCAGAGAAGUAGAGGCUAAGAGAAUAAAUUCCCUGUUUACUAAAUAACCAUCCAAGGUGUAUGUAGAGUGCAGUGAACAACAUAUCCACCCAAAGCUGAGACUGGACAGUUCUGGAACAUCUGAGAUGCAAUGCUUACCUCUAUACAAGGUCAACAAGAUACUAAGACAUAACGUAAAUGAGGUUCAGGCACUCCAAGGUUCAGAAACGGCAGUUCAUUGAAGCCCAAUAUCACACAACGUUUCAACCUACAUGCUAGACACAGACUUUCUAGGUCGAAACGUUGUGUGAUAUUGAGCGUCAAUAAAUUGCCGUUUCUGAACAUUGGAGUGCCUGAACCUCUUUUACUUCAUGCAUAUUGUAUUUGGGACCUGGUGCUGAGUCCUGGUUUGGCUGCACCCUGGCCCAGAGAUGGAAUUGAGUUGGAAUUGGAUGAAACACAGAGCAUCCACAAGGACAUCCAUCCCAAAGAUAAAUUGCUAAGGGAAUGCCUGAGUUAACAGAUUUAGGAUGCAGAUAUGGAGGAGAUUCCAUGGCAAGACAGACCACAUCAGCAGAUAGUGGUUGUGGCUCACAAUAUGAAAUCAUUCCAGUAGUUGGAAAUACUAAAACUGAAAUAAUUCAGCACUAGAUUAAUAGAAACUGGCGUCUACCACACCAGACAGGACCCAAGGUGUAGAGGACUCAGACAAUCCUGCACAUGUUAGCUGGGUGAAAGAUAAACAUCAUACACUGCGAGGCAUAACCAAGUUGACAGGAUUGUAUACCAAGAUAUCUGCACAAAAUAUUGGCUGGCCCUGCCUAUGUCCAGAUUGUGUGUGCCAGAGAGGAAUGACAGGGCAAGGAUCAUGUGGGACAUCCAGAUCCAGAAAGACAAGCAGGCACUGGGCAAACAACCAACCAACCAGGUGGUCAUAGUGGUAGACAAGGAACAGAAGACUGAGAUGGUUGUGGAAGUGGCAAUACCCAGUGACCUUAACACCAUGAAGAAGGAACAUGAGAAGGUGGACAAAUACCAAGGACUGAAAGAGGAGAUAGAAAGUAAAGACCGUAAUAGUCCCAGGUGUAAUAGGUGCACUUGGGGCUGCUUUGUUCUACCAACAUUCUGGUGAGAAGAGCAUUAUUUAAAGAAGCAACCAAGCAGCCACUGAUAACAAACUGGAAAGAUCUACAGCUGAGAUGGGGAAACUGUCCACAGAACAAUGGGAAGCUGGAUGUAAAGCUCGGAAGCAUAGCAAGUCAGUCAUAUAAAGUGUGACGAACUGAACCUCGUCACGGGUUCUUGGAGGGGCCUGCUUGCCAACCUCCUGCCUCAGGACUAUGGCCCUGUUAGACCUGGCUAAAAAUACUUUAAAAAGUCUCUGUUUGUGCAAUUGGGAUUAUAUGGUUUGGUUCCCGAACAACCACACGAACCAGAGACCACCCAGGAGCUUGUUAAGCCUAACUGACAGUUUGUAACACUUUCCACUGCAGUGUUCUAAGUGUUCGUCUGGGUGGCGGCUGUUCGCAUGAAUGACCACGAGGUGGCGGCCAUCUUGUUCCCAAGAACGCAGACAGCGGUGUUUGGUCAUCGAGUUCAUGGAACUGUUUUCGGAUAAUGAAACUCCCGAACACCACUGGACUUCCAGGAUCACCUGCGUUCGGUUCUACACAACUUAGAAGGGAACUGUUUGGUGGAAACGUUCCCACGAACAAGGUGAACAAGCUCCAGGGUAAGAACAUUGAUUAUUUUCGGUAGUUUGUUCGGUUUUUAAACUACCGAACUAGACCGACCGCAAGCCCUGAUUCUCUGGAACUGUUUUGGGCAUGGGACCGUGCGUGCGUGCAUGCAGUCGGUCAAAUUAUGAUUUCCAGGAAAUUCCUGAACCGAUCUGGGUGAUUUUUGGAUAUGUUGGUCACCCAGAUCGGGCCUAUCAGGGGAUGUAACUGCUGUGUGGAUUUUGUGUGUUUAAAGGUAUUUUGAGGGUUUUGUAAAAAUGUAUGUUUUGUGUGCCUGGAGAUAAUUGAGUUUAUUAUAGUGCUGACUCUGUUAUCUCCCAGGCACAGGGGAGGGAUUGACCUAUUUUGUAUGGGAGUGUCCUGGACCGGAGAGCCAAUGUAAUCGUAUGUAUGUUUUUACUGUAGACUACUCUCAGGUGCCCCCUGAAUGGAGACCUGCAUAUAAGGCCAGUUGUGGCUGCCAUUAAACAGAUUUGUUUUAUCCGUUAUGAAGUCUAGGCUCAUGUUUGGGGGAUUGGAGAGCUGUAUUCACUCUGGGGAUUGCUAUAAUCACUAUAUUCCUUUGGCUUACAAUGAUUGCUCUUGUAAGAGCAGCCUGCUUUGCUUAUGGUACUCCAGGAUUACUAGGAAGCAGCGAUUGACAGAGGUACCCGGUCGGGGUGCCAGGCGGUCCGUCACAUAAAAAUAGCAUGCUAACCCAUUGUCAGACUAGUUGUAGUCACGAUCAUGUAUUUCAACAAACUGUUAAGAUCAUCCACAAGGUAUAUAAAUAGAUAACUAGAUCAAUAUAUUGGGAAACCUAACAAAAAAUGUAGAAAAUGUUCUUAUGUAUGAAACCAAUAUUGCACUGCUCAUCAUUCUGAGAACGGUUACAAACAUAUGUUUCUAAGACAUUACUAGCAAGGGGCAUCCACUUAUAGCCUUAGAGUGUUUGUUUUAGCCCAUCACAAGCGUCCACUGCAAAAUCUUCCUUAGUAGUGCAGGGGCCGGAGGAGGAGACAGAGGAGCAGGGCAGACAGGCACUGGGAGGACAGUAUGGAGUAAACCAUUAAAAUAAAUUUGGUCUCUUAUGGAAAGAUGGUACAGAGAACCUCCUGCCCCCCAUAAUAACUGAAUUUAGAUUGUUUUUAAAGGGGAUGAGGUGCUCUUUUGAAUAGAUUCUUCCAGGUCCAGGAGCCCACCACCUCAGGUUUUAGCCUCUGGUACGGGAGUGAGUGUAAUGGUAAUUAAUUAUAUCUGUCAAUGUUCAGGCACAUUCAGGUAAUCUGAAAAAAAAGACCUAUUGUAAGUCUCGUUCUUUGAGAGUACAUUUAUUUUGUCAGUAUUUUAGUGUUUUUUUUUAGUUUGGUAAUGGGAAAGAUUAUUGGAAAAACAUUUAUUGGAUAUCUUAUUACAUUUAAGGCUCAUUCUAAGUUCACAGAGCUUAUUUUUGGACAGUCAAAUGAAGAAUGCUUGCUAACCCAUUCUUAGACUAGUAAUAGUUACCAUCAUGUAUUUCAACAAACUGUUAAGAUCAACCUCAAAUACAAAUACGUUAAAAAUAAACCAUAGUGACAGGAAUACAAACAUGUAUUCAUUUCACUAGCUGUGCAAGCACAGUUUAGGCCCCCAAACACCCUGUCUGCUAAGUAAAAGGUGAUUUACUUACUUUUAUUAUUCCAGUGCCGCACAAGUCUCGUCGUGGCUGGCUCCGCUUUCUUGAUUGAGAUCAUCGAAUUUGAUGAUCUCAGCCAAUCCAAUACUUUCUCAUAGGUAAGCAUUAGAUGGUUAUUGCAUGAAGGGCAAAACACCACGCCGUGCCAGUCAGCAUCUCUCACAGAAAGGAGUUGAAUCAAUGCAUCUCUACGAUGAACGUUCAGUGCCACAAUGCAGAGCAUGGAGAUGCGGAUUGUCAGUCAUUGACUGACGAUCAUAGUCAUUGACCAUCUGAAUAAGCGUUUCUCUAAAGCAAUAUUUACAUUAAAAUGCCUGAUGGGACAAACUAUUCACACCAGUACAACUACAUUAAGUUGUAGUUGUUCUGGUGACAAUAUUUUUUAUUUUCUAAUAACUAGUCUGUUCAGGCAGUGAAAAAUUAUGUUGGUAUAUUUCUGAUCCUAGCCUUUAUUUCCAAGGAAACAUUUUCAGAUGUUCUUCAAACAUUCGUGUUUCUGUCAGGCAAUCUUUUGAAUUCACUUAAGUAAGCAAAUGGAAAAGAUUUGUGUCUCCUGCUGCCUGAUCCCCUGCCCUGUCUCAGACUUAAUAAAUAAAGACUUAUACCUGUGCCUUUAUUUUUUGUAUGACUUAAAGGAAUUGUUUCUAGGAGUAAGAAUCAGUGGACCUGUAUAUGGUUUAAAAUUAGAAAAUCUGUUUCUCCAGUAGCAGGCGUGAAUUUAAAACUCAUACCUGAGGCUGCUCCACGACACUUACUAGCUCCGGUGGGAUGCCACAAAGAUUCCCAGUCCCACGACGCUCUAACCAAAGUGAAUGCCGCGCUCCUGGAUACCUCCUUUUAUAUGCGAGGGUGGCGUAUUUCCAUGGCGUCCUUGGAAUUACAGGGCCCUUAUACUUACCUUUGCAUGAUGUCAUAUUGUUCGACACCUAAGUCUGCCCUGCACAGGUCACACCUCUUUGUGUGUCCUGGUGCAGGGUGAUGAUGAUGUGCAAUAGUAUUCUUCUUAGCCAUAUAUAAGUUUCCCUUUUUCUGGUAAUCAUUGCCCUGUUGUGGUUCUUGUUAGCUUGUCAGUGUAAUUCUGUAUUUCCUGUUGCUGACCCGGUUUUGUAUUUUGACUAUUCUGCCUCUCUGUAUCCCUUUAACCUUGGCUUGUUUUCUCAUUCUUGUGUACCUCUGUAUCCCUUGACCGUAGCCUUUUCUCUUACUACAUUUUCUCGCCUUUUUAGGCACACACUAAACCCGGCCACUCUUACAUCUGGUAUACAUACCCUGUCCUUUUUUCUAUUUUGGCUACUAUUCUCCCUGGGUGUAGGGGUUACCCCAACCUGACAAAAACACAUUUUCAUUGUUUUGUUGUUUUUUUUGUUUUGGUGUGUGUAUGUGUGUAUAUCUAUAUACACGCUGCCUUGCCAAAAAAAAGUCGCCACCUGGAUUAAACUAAGCAAAUAGGUAAAAGCCUCCUAUUGGAUAGUUACUGCAUGGGCGAUUAUCUUUCCGCUGGCAACAAGUUAUUUAACGCCAACUGAUGCAAUGAGUAGCUUCUCAUUUCUUAAACAACCAUGUCGAAAGACACAUCCCGUGGUUUUGGAAAAGAUGUUAGUCUGUUUAAAAAGGUUCAAAUCAUUGGCAUCUGUCAAGCAGAGAAAACAUCUAAGGAGAUUGCAGAAACUACUAAAAUGAGGUUAAGAAUUGUCCAACGCAUUAUUAAAAACUGGAAGAGUAGUGGGGAACCAUCGUCUUCGAGGAAAUGUGGUCGGAAAUAAAUCCUGAUUGAUCGUGAUCUGCAAUCACUUAAAAGUUUGGUGAAAUCAGAUCGUAGAAAAACAGUAGAAUUCAGGGCUAUGUUUUAUAGUGAAAAUAAGAGCGUUUCCACACGCACAAUGCGAAGGGAACUCAAGGGAUUGGGACUAAACAGCUGUGUAGCCUUAAGAAAACCAUUAAUCACUGAGGCUAAUCAGAAAAAAGGCUUUAAUUUGCUAGGGAGCAUAAAUAUUGGAUUUUGGAGCAGUGAAAGAAUGUCAUGUGGUCUGAUGAGUCCAGAUUUACCCGGUUCCAGAGUGAUGGGCACAUCAGGGUAAGAAGAGAGGCAGAUGAAGUGAUGCACCCAUCAUGCCUAGUGCCUACUGUACAAGCCUGUGGGGGCAGUGCUAUGAUCUUGGGUUGAUGCAGUUGGUCAGGUCUAUGAUCAGCAACAUUAUGUGCCCAAAGAAUGAGGUCAGUUGACUACCUGAAUAUACUGAAUGACCAGGUUAUUCCAUCAAUGGAUUUGUUCUUCCCUGAUGGCACGGGCAUAUUCCAAGAUGACAAUGCCAGGAUUCCUUGGGCUCACAUUGUGAAAGAGUGGUUCAGGGAGCAUGAGACAUAAUUUUCACAUAUGGAUUGGCCACCACAGAGUCCAGACCUUAACCUCAUUGAGAAUCUUUGGGAUGUGCUGGAGAAGGCUUUGCGCAGUGGUCCGACUCUCCCAUCAUCAUACAUACAUACACACUGUUGUAAUAAAAAGUAUUCAAACCCCAUUGAAAAUCAAGUUUAUUGUUAAAAUGUAGACUUUCACCUGUUUGCAGUAAACAAAUCAAACAAAAGCAAUUGAAACAGCUUAACACAACGAAUGCUUCAAGUGGUUUCCCCAAAGUCAACUGAAAAUACUACUUAUGAUUUCUCCAGUCUCAAAAUUAUCCAACCGCCGAACAGAUUCCUUCACAACAGCACAAAUAGGGAAAACAGAUGUUGUCUCAAGCACACCUGAGGCAACUAAUCAAUGGUGUACUUGAGCUGUGGAACACUUGACUUACCUUAACUGGCUAGGGGUUUGUUGAGUGUCACGUUUGACUGCAGAUGAGUGUGACGGACCGCCUGGGACCCCGACCGGUACCUCCGUCAAUCGCUGCUUCCUGGUACUUGCGAGCACCAUAAGCAUCGAACUGGAACACCAUAACCACCGUAAACCCAACAAACCGCUGGAGCUUGGUUGGGGUCUCGCUGUCCUCCACCCACCAGGAUCCAAAAAAUACCAAAUUCCAGUGGGUAGACCUCUCAUAGUCCAAAGAGUGAAGAAGAUUGCUCUUACAAGAGCAAGUGUUGUGAGCCAAGGGAGUAUAGGGAUUAUAGCAAUCCCCAGAGUGAAUAUAGCUCUCCAAUCCCCCACACAUGAGCCUAGACUUCAUGAAGGAUAAAACGAAUCUGUUUAAUGGCAGCCACAACUGGCCUUGUAUGCAGGCCCCCAUGCAAGGGGCACUCCCCCAUGGACCUAAGAGUAGACUACAGUAAAAACAAAUACACAAUUACAUUGACUGUCAGGUCCAGGACACUCCAAUACAAAAUAGGUCAAUCCCUCCCCUAUGCCUUGGAGAUAAAUGAGUCCGCACUGUACUAAACUCAAUUAUCUCCAGUCACAGAAAACAUAAAUUGUUACAAAACCCCCAAAAUACCUUAGAACACACAGAAACCCCUCAAAAGUUACAUCCCCUGAUAGCCCUGAUCUCGGUGACCAACAUAUCCAAAAAUCACCCAGAUCAGUUCAGGGGUUCAGGAAUUUCCUGGAAGUCAUAAUUUGACUGGUCCUAUGCCCAAAACCGUUCCAGAGAAUCAGGUCUUGCAGUCGGUCUAGUUCGGUAGUUUAAAAACUAACAAACUACUGAACCGAGUCAAUAGUCUUACCCUGGAGCUUGAUCCCUUUGUUCGUGGGAACGUUUCCACCGAAUAGCGCCUUACUAAGUAUUGUAGAACCGAAUGCAGGUGAUGCUGGAAGUCCAGCGGUGUUGGGGAGUUUGUUUUCAGUACCAUGAAAUUCAUGCCCAAACACAGUAGCAAUUAGGCUUAACAAGCUCCAUUGUGGUCUCUGGUUCAUGCGGCUAUUCGGUUCCCAAACCUAAUAUAAAAUCCCACGAACCAAGUCUGUUUACAUAGUUUUUUAAAGGGCCAAUAGUCUUUUGGUAAGAGGCUGGCCAGCAGACCCCCUCCAAGAACACGUGACGAGGCUCUGUUCGUCACAGUGAGAAGUAUAGCUAAAUCAAAAGAAUGGUCCACAAAGUUAUGAGAAGAGAUCGUUGCUCUUCACAAGCAGGAUACAAAAAGCUAGCGAGGGCACUGAAUGUUUCCUUAGACAUCGUUGGAAGCAUACUUUGCAAGUUUAAAGUUGAAGAAACAGUGAUUACACUACCUGGACGGGGCAGAAAAAGGAAGCUAUCGGUGGCCGCAACCAGAUUUCUGAGAAGGGAGGUUGUGAAAAAACCUUGAGUGACUGCAAACUACCUGCAGCAAGAUUUGGUGGCAACAGGCACUGAGGUUUCAGUGUGCACAGUAAGGCGCAUACUAAACACAUAAGUUUUCCAUGUCAGAACUCCAUGACAUACACAAAUACUGACCCAAAAGCACAAGAAAAGUCUGCUAUAACAUGCUCAAAAUCUCAAUUCUGUUCUGUGGAGCGAUGAAACAAAGCUGGAAUUUUCUUAGCCCAAUGGAUCUGCAGUAUGUCUGGAGGAAGAACAUACGUAUAGGCUGUUAAGAAUACUCUGCCUACAAUUAAGCAUGGUGGUGACUCAGUGAUGCUCUGGGGCUGCUUUGCAUCCUCUGGCGCUGGAAACCUUCAGCAUGUGGAAGGCAAGAUGGAUUCAUUGAUGUAUCCAGAAAUCCUAGGAGAAAACUUCAUUCCUUCUGUGAGGAAGCUGUGAAGCUUGGGCAUCAUUGGACCCUCCAACAAGAUGUUCCCAAGCAUAACCUCAAAUUCCACCAAGACUUGGUUGCAAAAGAAGUCCUGGAAAAUUCUACAGUGGGCAUUACAGUCAUCUGACAAGAUCUCUACAAUCAGAGAAGAGAUCUCUCAUCUUUCUUCUUCCCCUUACAAUACUUCCCCUAACUUCACUCCCUCUGCUGUUCUAUGUUCAUUCACACCCGCUACAUUGAAAGAGGUUUCUGCUCUGCUCCAGUCCUCCCGCCCCACCACCUGCUCCAUAGAUCCAAUUCCCUCGCAUCUCAUCCAUACUCUGUCUUCUUCUCUUUCUCCACCUCUCACUAAAAUUCUCAAUUUCUCUCUCUCCUCUGGUAUAUUUCCAUUGCCCUUCAAACAUGUAACAGUAACCCCAAUUCUAAAGAAGCCCAGUCUUGACCCUAACUCCCCAUCCAACUAUCGUCCUAUCUCGCUACUGCCUUUUGCAUCCAAGAUCCUUGAAAAAAUUGUGUAUGCGCGAUUGACAGACUUCCUCGAGUCCAACUCUCUGCUAGACCCGCUUCAGUCUGGUUUCCGUGCUAAGCACUCUGUGGAAACAGCACUGACCAAAGUAUCCAAUGAUCUACUCGCUGCAAAAUCUCGUGGUCACUACUCUAUCCUAAUUCUCCUUGACCUGUCUGCGGCUUUUGACACUGUUGAUCAUCAACAGCUUCUUCUCAUCCUCCGCAAUAUCGGUCUACAAGAUAUUGCUCUCUCCUGGUUCUCCUCCUACCUCUCCCAGCGCUCUUUCAGUGUUUCUUUCUCUGGCUCUGCUUCUUCUCCCCAACUCCUCUCUGUUGGUGUUCAGUCCUUGGUCCCCUACUGUUCUCCAUCUAUACUGCCUCCCUUGGUAAACUCAUUAGCUCCUUUGACUUCCAAUAUCAUUUCUAUGCAGAUGACACACAAAUCUACCUGUCCUCUCCUGAUCUCUCCCCGUCCCUCUUGACUAGUGUCUCUGACUGCCUCUCUGCUGUUUCUAACUGGAUGGCUGCCCACUUCCAUAAACUAAACUUGACCAAAACUGAAAUUCUGGUAUUUCCUCCCUCAAGUGUUGUUACUCCUGUGUUUGUCUCCUUCCAAGUCAACGGUGCUACCAUCAGCUCCACCACGCAGGCUCGCUGCCUAGGUGUUCUCUUUGACUCCAACCUCUCCUUCAAGCCUCAUGUUCAAUCUAUCGCCAAAUCCUGUCAUUUCCAUCUCAAAAACAUUGCACGCAUUCGCCCCUACUUAACGCCAGAUGCGACUAAGGUGUUGGUCCAUUCCACUGUCCUUUCUCGCCUUGACUACUGUAAUCCGCUUCUCAGUGGUCUUACGUGCUCCCAACUUGCGCCGUUACAGUCCAUAGUGAAUGCAACGGCGAGGCUCAUCUUCUUGUCCGCCCGCACCUCCCAUGCCUCACCCUUCUGUCAGUCCCUACAUUGGCUUCCUAUAAAAUAUAGAGUUCAAUUUAAAAUUCUGGUUCUUGCUUUCAAAUCUCUACAUAAUGCUGCUCCCACCUAUCUAUCCUCCCUUAUACACAAGUAUGUCCCGUCUAGGCCCUUACGAUCUGCUGAAGACUUACGUCUAUCUUCUGUCCGUACUCCCACCUCUGAUGCUCGCCUUCAAGAUUUCUCGAGGGCUGCACCGUUCCUGUGGAACUCACUUCCCUCCUCCAUUAGAUGCUCACCCAGUCUCCACUCCUUCAAAAAAUUGUUAAAAACCCACUUCUUCAUAAAAGCGUAUCAAUUAAACUGUUAAUAGCUCCUGACUGAUUCCUCUUCUGCAACUGUCACUAGUCUAAUACUAUCCUUACCUUUUUGUGUCAUUUUACCCCACUCCCUCUAGCAUGUAAGCUCAUUGAGCAGGGCCCUCAACCCCUCUGUUCCUGUGUGUCCAACUUGUCUGGUUACAGCUACAUGUCUGUUCGUCCACCCGUUGUAAAGCGCUGCGGAAUUUGACGGCGCUCUAUAAAUAUAAUACUAAUCUGACUUAAAGGAUCACUAUAGUGCUAAACCCACCAUUUAGGUGGCUUGCCUUCUCCUUAGCCCCCGUAUAAAACUUUAAAACUCACCAUAUUUCCAGCGCUGCGCGGGUCUGCCGGCAUUGGCUCCGCUCCCUUUGUGACAUCUUCAAAAUGGCCAAUUUUUAGCCAAUCCAAUGCUUUCCCAUAGGAAAUGCAUUGGAUUGGCUAAAAUCGUCAUGGGGCGGGGCCAAAUGCCAUUUUGGCCAAUCAGGACCUCCUUAUAGUGAUGCAUUGAAUCAAUGCAUCUCUAUGAGGAAAAUUCAGCGUUUCCAUGGAGAGCGUGGGGACACUGAGCAGCAGGGCUGCUUACUGUGCAGCCCUGAGCCAGGAAGCUUCUCCAGUGGCCAUCUAAGGUGUAGCCACUUGGAGGUGUCCCUGUUCUCUGAAAGGGCAGUGUUUACAUGAAAAUGCCUGAAGGGAGCUAUUAUACUCACCAGAACACCUACAUUAAGCUGUAGUUGUUCUGGUGACUAUAGUGUCCCUUUAAACCCAGUAGAAAAUCUUGGUGGGAUUUGAUGAAGGAGGUUGCAGCACUCAAACCCCCAAAUAUUACUGAACUGGAGGCCAUUGCUUGUGAGCUAUGGGCUAAGAUUCCUAAGGAACUCUGCCAGAAGCCGGUGUCUAGCUAUGCAUCUUGUUUGCAGCAGGUCACAACAGCAGUAGGAUGCUUUUCGAAGUAUUAAAGAUGCUUGCCAUAAAGGGGUUUUAUCAUUUUGAGACUGGAGAAGUCAUUAUAAGUUGCAUUUUCAGUUACAGUUGCCACUUUUGUUGUGUUGAGCUAUUUAAAUUGCUUUUGUUUGAUUUGUUCAUUGCAAACAGCUGAAAGUCUGUAAAUGUUGACAAUAAACCUGAUUUUCAAUCGCGGUUAAAGGAUUUUGAUUACAAUUGUGUGUAUAUAGGUAUAGAUAUAUACUUCUUUUUUUUUUUUUUUUUAUUCUUUCUUUUCGGUGCAUUCUGUUAUGUGACAUACAUACUUGCAUCGCCUUAUCAGCAUAGACAAAUUGGCAAUCGGCAUGGUUAAUAGCUUUGUUCAAAGUUAGGCAAUACGUUUACAGGUGCAUAUUGAUAGGAACUAAGAGUAGAUAGCAGUUAUGUUGUGUUUGUCUUUCUGUUCAAUGGUCGAAGGAGUUAGCUUGUGCCUAUGUGGUCAGGGAGAACAUAGUGGAAAUGCGUCUGCACAUUUUCUUUUUUCUUGUGGGUCAAGUGUGCCCAUGCUAUUGGUACCCAUAGGGUGGUCUGGGUGUGGGUGAAUAUGUCGAGUAUGUGUAUGGUAGUAGAGUCUUGUAAAUGGUUGAUUAGCACCUUCCUUGGCAGUUUGGGGGAGGCAUAAGGUGGUUAGUUAUGUUGUAGUUUAUCCCCUUUUGUGGUGGCGUGUAUGCCUCGGUGUGGGCCAUGCGCUUCUGUCAGUGUUUUGGUGUAGGUUGUGUGUCGGGUAUGCUGUGCAUGCUACAGUGGGUAGUGUCGACCACUAACCAAAUGGGGUCACAGGGGGGAGGGUGUACAUCUCGGUCUUUGUAGGGGGUGGCCUUAGUCAAACUUGGGGUGUAGAGAGAGUAGUAGGGUGAACUUAGAGGAGAGAACAGCAGAGCAUGUAAAUUUGCGGUAUACAUUUUAUGUGGUGUUCAGGUCGCUGCCUCCUGUCUCCUGUUGCCCCUGGGAAAGAAUGGAACAGUUCUCCCUGGGUCCCAUGAAUGGGGGGCUGUUGUUGUGCCCGGCGUUGAGGUGUUCUGUGUCAGUCCCAGUUUUUGGAGGAGCGCAGGGGCCUCUGAGAGUGAGGUGAGUUUUAGGACCUCUGUUCCGCUGAUGACCGCCAAGGUUCUCGGCAGCAGCCAUCUGUACUCCUCUUUCCCUUUCCACAGUUGUUCUGUUACGUCGUUAAAGACUUUCUCCAGAGUAGGGUUUUCCGCGUAAUGUCUUGGAAAAAGGUGAGUUGUGAAUCUUCGAAGGCCAGCGGCAUCUUGUCUCUUACCGCUGCUAGUAUGCUGCGUUUUUCUGUCAUGGAGUGGCAGCGGACUAUGACAUCCCUUGGAGCCGUUGUGGGUGCCCUUUUGGCCUUGUUUAUGCGGAAGUGGCUGUCAAAUUCCAGCUUUUUAGCAUGUGUGUGUGGCAGGAUAGUUGCCGUAAGCCUCCUGUAAGGUACUGUGUUAGUUCUGAGGGUCCGACUGUGUCAGGGAUUCCCCGGAUCUUAAUAUGUGUGCGCCUACUGCAGAUAUAUACUUCUUAUAUAUUACUCUGUUAAAAACAGAAAACAUUUAGAACAUUACAUAUUUAAAUUUGCAUUCAGCAUAGGGUAAAAGAAGCAUUCUAAAAAAUGUUUGAUUAGAAACUAAUAUUUUGGUGAGAGGGAAGAAAAAAGGCCUUUACAGAGUGCAUAUCACAUUAUAAAAUUAACUAAUUAAUUGUUUUGUAGACAUUGUUAGAAAUGAAAGAAACGAGAAGAUCGAAGAAACCAAGCAAGUUUGAAUCUCUCCGUCUUCAGGUUGUGGACUUCAUAGACAAUCUUGUAAGGUGCGUUUAAGACUAGCAAAACCCCCACAGAUGUCUAGCUGGCUAUACACAAAGCAUUUAUCAUUCUAGAAAUGCUUAUGGCUGUUUGAGAAAGAAAAUACAAUACUGCGACCUUUGUCUGGAUCUUUAGCAAUUUAAACUAAUCAUGUGUGUUUAAACAGCCUUAAUUGCUGCAGUUUAAUCUUUGGUUUUACAUUUGUGCCCCUAUACAAGUAUAUGUUGUUAUAUGGCUGUAAUUGUGGAUUCAGGUCUUCACAUUGCAGCUCACAACAUUUUUGCCUGUCUUAUUUUCAGAGCAAUAUUGAUUUUAGGCUUGCUUUUUGGCUUGCCAGAAUAUUUGUGCCAUGAAAUUACCAUUUGGUAUAUUAAAAUGCUCAGAGAUUUAUUGGGGGGGUAGCAUAAUCUAUGAAUAAAGAAAAAGUGACCAUAUAAUAACCCCUUCUUUAAGUUAGGAUAUUCCGUAUUGUACUCAGUUUAGGACAGCAUGGAAUAUCCUAACGAUUUAGUGUGACCAGUGGUAAAUCCUUUCUCACACCAGAGGGACUCAGAUAUCCGUUGAUAUCUGGUGCUCCACUCUGUCAGCUGUGGUCAAUUUAAUGUGGCCCCCGACUGACAGAUGAGCUGUAUAGAGCUCAUUAUGUAGGAAUUGAAAUCCCUACAGCUACAUUGUGGUGUGAGCAUGGUUAAAUCUAUACCUGGGGCUCCCCUUUUUCAGCUGGGGGACAUAUUUAGUGGCCCCAGGCUAAACUGAUGAGCUAUAUGCAGUGCUCAAAGUGAGUGCUGCAUACACCCAUUUAAAUGCAUUGAGAACACCACAGCUGAGCAAUAGUGCAAGCAUAAGGUCUGGGUAGGACUGGUAUAGUGUUUAGUGGGGGGGUGGUAAAUGGUUAACAUUAAGUACCUAAAAUGAAUUUAAAUCCUAAACAUACGAGGCAUUUAUCAGCCAGGACUGAUACAGGAAUCUGUUUUGAGCUCUUUAGUUGCUUUUAAAAAAAUUAGUAUUAUAUUCACACUUAAUAUUGUUUUAGGUAUACAUAUAGGAUAAUAAAAUAAAGCGCUUUCUGUCCCUUAAAAAGCAAUAUAUAAAAUGUAUGGGGGAGGCACCUAAAGAGACAUCCUUAAAUUAUGUGGAACUUUAAUGCUAGGUUUUGUUUUGGUUAAGAAUUACAAUUGCCUUACUCCUUAAGGGAUUAAAGACGACACAUAUACUUUUUUUACUCACUAGUUAUUUUUUCCCACAGUUCCAUAGUACUGGCGUAGUGGGUUCUAUGCACUGUACUAUUAUGUAGUUUAGUUUGAAUUCUGUAACCUAGUCAGUAAUAUCUUUAAUUCCAGGCACAUUUUUGAACACUGAUUUUCAGGAAUGAGGUAAAAAUAAAAACCUAUGUGAAGUGAUGUUACAUGCCCCUAUUCAUGUAAUUUGAGGAAGAGCACAUACACAUUUUAUUUUGUAUGGUUUCCCUCUGAGAGAGCAGUUAAACAUAUCGAGAAAGUAGGAAUCAGAUUGGAUCUUUAAACUUGCUUAGGCCAUCUGGAGAAGUACCAGUAGCUUCAGUUUCCCUCAGGGUAGGAAAAUUGUUUUGCAAAGUAAUUUUAUAGUUCGAGAUGAAUCAUAAAAAAAGCUUUCGAUCAGUCAAGCUGCAAGGAAUGUGGGGCGCACAAAAGGCCAGAAAAAGAGCGCAAAACGGGGUGUAAACAGCCCAGGAAAACACCAGUGGGGCUUCUCUAACGAUGGGGCGCAAGACCAAGAAGCCCCGGCAGGAUCGGCCCAGAUACUGUGCAGAUAUCGGAGAUCUGCUGCGGAGGCCGCAUGGAGAGGUGAGGCCUGAAAUGCCGAUUUGAGAUUUCUCCCUCCACGACAUGGAAGAAGUGGUCUAUAAAGGGCCACUCAAUCCACUGUGGGAAUAUCACUCCCUGUCACCACAGCCAUACUCUCCAGCCUAUUGGUGAACCUCCGCUAAAGUCUCUCAUCUUAAGUCACAUAGGUCAGGGAGGACAUCAAGGGGUUCACUGUGCGCCUGGAAGCAGUUGAGAAAACUACAAAAGCUCACACAUCACAGGUCCUGGAGCUACAAAAGAAGAUCAAUGAUCUCACCUCGGCCCAUGUAACCCUCAGCCACCAACUAGCUGCCAUGGAAGACAAAAGAAGGUGGAAACACCUGAAAAUUAGAGGCCUGGAAGACAGCAUCACCGCUGCAGAACUGCCUCUUUUUCUGUGCAGACUUUUUACGGCCCUCCUGCCACGUAAAAAGGCAAAAGGCAUAUUGUUAGUGUUCCGCCACCCUAAGCCUCCAUCAGCCGCGGCUUCGGCCACUAGCGACCUACUAUUAAAAUUUAAAAAUGGCCAGGACAAGGCCGCCAUCUUCAACGCAACAAGAGGGAAAACCCCAUAUCGGUUCGAAGACAUGGACCUUGCAUUUUUCUACGACCUUUCCCGUAUUACGCUGCAAUGGAGAAAAUCAGUACGCCCUCUCACAACACUUCUGUUGACUCAAAGUAUUAAAUACCGCUGGGGUUUCACUCAUAUUCUUAUCAUACAGCACCAGAACGUGGAUUACAAAGUGUCCGAUAUCUCCAAGAUGGACGCUAUCCUGACCAGGCUUGGUCUUCAUCGCACUUCCAUAUCUGCAACUCCAGUAUGGGACCCGACCAACAUAAUCCCAUUCGUUCCAGCCUCCAAGAGCAAGACCACUGUUGCAGUUACCUGAUUGCAGCCCCUCUAUAUGUUUCAUUUUUUAUGCUUUAACAAUUUUUCUACCUAUACAAAAAAUGACUUACACGUUUUUACGUUUAUCAGUUCUUAUGAGUUAUAUAUUUAGUUUUGUUUCUUAGAGUUCUACCCCACCAAGUCAUUGGGAAAUCCCUGUGGCCUUCCUGGAUUAUGACCGGAAAUAACGCAGUUACGCUAGCUCCGCACUAAUAAUUUCUCACUUUACUCCAACAUGUGGAGCUGCCACCCUUGAGUGCACCGCUUCCCCUAUUUUAAGAUCGUAUUCACUUUUUUUUUUUCAUUUUAAAUAACGCCAUGCCCUUAUACUGAACCUACUGCUUCUAACACCUAUACUAAGUGCCUAGGCACGGCGAUUUACUCAGUUUACUUAGUAUACUCUAACUUACUCUAAUUGAAUCUAAUUGAAAGAUUGAAUGUAUGUCACUAACCAUUUUGUCAUAUCGCAACUAAAUAUGUAUAUAUUAUGUCAUAUAUUGUAGCACAUGUUAUGUCUCUUAUGUACCUGACUGCAGCAAAAAUAAAAAAUGUAUAUAUAAAAAAAAAAAAAUUAUAUAUUUUUUUUUAAACUCUUUAACAAUAUGCCAGAGAGAGGCCAGUGCCUCAAUAUGUACUGUUACUUGCAGUGGGCGGCUAUUGAAAGGUUGAGAUAGUCAGCUGAUGCUCUCAGCCUAAUACUAGCACCCAAGGCAAGCCUUACCAGGUCACUAAGGCAGACAGAAGUAAAAAAGAGAUUAGGCAGAGCAGAGAGAUACAGCUGUGGACUACUUUGGGUUAAAUUGUUUGUUGUCGUGUUGUUGGGGACUUCACCCCUGUAAAUUAAUUGAGAUGAAGUUGUUAUGGGGGCCAGAGUGCAGCCAGAGUGCUGUGCUUUGAGAGUUUGGGAUGUUCCUUUAAAAAAAAAAAAAAAACAUUAAGAAGAUUGACCUGUAUUUCAGAACUAAGCUCCUCAAGUGCAUAGUGAUGAAUUCCAUGUGGCCUAGUACUUUAUCAAUGUAUUAUCAGUCUGCACUUUGCAUGCCUGACUCUUUUUUUCACAUGUCAGAGAAGGACAUGCUGUUGGAAAGUUAAGGUUAUAUCUAUGUGUGAAAAAUAUGCGCCGCUGGUCUUUUACAUAAAAUAUAUCAAUUGUUGCUUUCCACUUCUGUAACCAGUGUACCCAUCUAAGUUUUCAGUUGUCCAGCAUUUUCUCUAUGCUUCCUGUGUGACAUAAGUUUAGGAGACAUUUAAAAAGUGAUGCUAAUACUACUCACUGGUACUUCUAUCUUGAGUUUCUAUUCUCCUCUGAGACACCUGAUUGCAUUAAGCAAUUAUCGUACUCCAAAGCGAUCCUACUACCAUAUACAUACACUCUUUCCAUAUUAACCUUCCCCCACCACCACUUCCACCAGCAAAUUGACUGAAUAUUCACCAUGGUAAUAAGCAUCCAUGGCUUUGGAUUGCCUUGCAUUACUCUUGCCCUUUCAUUCUACCAACGCCCCCCUCUUUCUCUCUCUCUCUCUUUUUUCUUUUCCUACUCCCUACUACUUUUACAGUAUUUUGCAUGUAGUUGUUUUUCUGUGGCUUAUCUGUUAUUUUUCCUGCUAUUUAUAUACAUUGUUGUAAAUUUAAUAAAAACUGACAAUAAAAAAAAUAUUUCCAGGGUGAAGAUGGCUAUCAGAGCAACUCUCACAGGUUUAUACACUAACCGUGUUAUUCACUUUAAUGAGAAUUCACAUUUAAAGGGAUACUAAAGUCACCUAGACCACUUUGUCUUAAGAAAGUGGUCUGGGUGCAGUGGUCCUGUGAUUUUAAACCUGCAAUGUAAACCAUUAAAAAAAAUUAGGAACUUAAUUUUAUCUUUUGCAGUGUUAAAUCCACCUUUAGUGGCUGUAUUUCCAAUAGCCAGUAGAAGAACUUCCACUGACUAAGAAAUGUGAUGCAGAAGCAUUCCUAUUUCUUGCUAAUGCUGUAGUGUUCCUUUAGGGACAAAGUAGCCAAACUAAAAAGCACAACUGACUUAAAUAAUUUUAUCAAUUUGACUAUUUUGGCCUAAAAGGGACACUAUAGUUAUUAGAACGACUAAAGCUUAAAAGACAGUAUAGGCACCCAGACCACUUCAGCUCCUUGAAGUGGUCUUGGUGCAAUGUCACUUUUGCACUUACUGCUGCAAUGUUAAACAUUACAGUUCUUGAGAAACUGUAAUGUUUACAUUGCAGCACUAAGUCCGCCCUCUGUGGCUGUCUCCCAGGCAGCCAUUGGAGGUGCUUUCUGGAUACUAACAGACCUUUGGUCCAGUAAUUGACGAUAAACGUCCUCAAGCUCUGCAUGAGGACAUCCACUGUCAGAUUUUUUUCCCCAUAGGAAAGCAUUGAUUAUAGAAAAAUAUAUUGUAUUUCAGAAAAUAUUUGGCUCCCCCAGAAUCCAAGCCUCUAUAUGAAGCAGUAUAUUUUAGUGGUGCAAGUGCUAUCCGCAGGCAUCUGAAUGCUGUUCCUAGAAUUGCGCUGCACACAGCACUCAACAACCCUGCAACAUACCUUAAGGUAAGCGCUUCUAUACCUUUCCUUAUUAUACUGCAACAUGCAUCCAAUAACUAGUAAUUUACAUUUUAAUAAAAAUUGGUAAACCAAAGAUGCAGCUAAACAUGUAUCCAUAUUUUCUUCUAUUCUGGCAAGGGCUGAAGAAUGCCUAGGUUUUGAAGUUGAUAUCUCCCUCCUUUGUUGUAGUUGUACUGUUUGGCACUUGACCAAUAUAUUUGUUUCUGCACUGUGUUUUACAUAUAAUAUAUAGAAUAUUAUUUAACUUGUUUAUCUCUACAAUUUGCUCUGGUGUGUUCUUUACAAUAGCAAUGUGCUGCUUUCAGUUAGUUUUCUUCUCUGGAGUGAUAUCUGGUGUGUAGAACAGGAUGUGCUUGCUUGUUUUGUCCAUUCUCUAAUAUCGCUACGACUUCCUCUAAAGGCAAAACAGAACUCCCAUCAGAGAAUUCUGGAAUAGUACAAUUCAUGACAGCCAAUGGACAAAAUAUGGGGAUAACAGAAAAAGACAAUAUAGUAUAAGACCUUUAUGUAAGCCGCUAAAAACAAGACAAAUUACAAAUAGGAACUCGCAAGAGCUCCUGUCCGUUUUGCUUUUAUACUUUUUGCUGCUUACUUAAGGCUGUUACACUAUCUGGUCUUUCUUUUUCUGUUAUUCUCCAUUACAAUAUUCCAUUAUUUGUGUCUUUGAAGAUUAUUUUUAGAUGUUGGGAUGUUUUUUGUUUUUUACAUAUGUGUACACCCUUUUUUCUUUUUUGAUAUUGGAAAAACAUUUUUAGCCUUUUUUUUUUUUCUUUCACAAAUACCAAUGGAUUAUAACUUUGUGUAAGUAUUCACCUUGUAAACACGAAUAGAUGUUAGCCAUGUCUAGAAUUAUUUUCUAUACAUUGAGAUUUCCUAUAUUGAUUAAGGUUUUUCCUGCUAAAAAGGAGGACAAAUACUGGGUUAUUCAGUAUAGUGUGAAUUUUUAGGGGAUUCAUAGUGAAUUCAAGGGUGUGGAUAUUUUUUUUUAAUAUGCUUCUCACAGGAAGUAAAGCAGUAGUUUAAUUUCCUGACAAGCUACUUGACCCGUUUUAGAAAAAGGGUCCAGGAACUUCAAUGUCUUCAGACAACUUUAUUAGAACAUGUGGAACACUGCAACGUUUCAACUCCCAAUGGAGUGUUUGUCAAGCUUGACAGUGCUCCAAAUGUUCUAAUAAAGGUACCUGAAGACAUUGGAGUGCCUGGACCAUUUUUCUAAUGCUGGUAUUUAUUAUCUUCUGGGCUUGGCUGGCCCUUUGUUCAGCUAAGCACCCUGUCUUAAGUGAAUUGAGUCGUGUUCCUUUUUCAUUUUUGCAAUUUAAGCUACUUGACCUGACCCACAAAAAAAUGUAAUUACAAAGAUUGUACUGGCUGUAUGUCGUAAGUGUGCAUGUGUUGUGUGUUUGCUCUAUGUAGUAUGGUGUGUGUGUGUGUGUGUGGUGUGCUGUCUGUAUGUACUGUGCGUAUGGUGCGUGCUGGCUAUUAUGGGUGAGUUUUGUGCUGGCUGUGUUUAGUAUGUGUGUGUUGUGUGGUUUCUGUGUGUAGUAUUUAUGUAUGUUGUCUGCUGUAUGUGUUUAGUAGGUAUGUGUGUUUGUAUUUAAUGGUAAUGUAAGUUAUGUCCACCUAUUGCUUUCUAUACAGGGGCACCAUAGGGGCUAUGAUCCCUGGUGGUUUAGCAGGCAUUAAAAACGCAGUGAGUCAGAAGCUAUCAGGAAUACUUAAGGCUGCUCUCUGAUUUAUAGGUGAACACUGGACCAAGAGGCAGAAAUUACUGCGGCAGGGCUCAGGUUUAAAGAAAACAAACUGUCCGGAACUGCAUGUCCUGUAUAUUGGGCGAUACAAAUUCCGCAUCCCUGGGACCAGAGGUGUAAAUAGAAACAACAGGGCCCCUAAGCGAAAAGUGCCCUGGGAGCCCCCAUGCAUCUCCCCCUGCCUCCCCACCAUUUUUUAUAACACAUACAGAUACAUACACGGACACACAUGCUAAUACACAGACACACAGAAUGACACACAUACAGAUACACAGAAUGACACUUGUACAGAUACAAACACUGACACACAUGCAGAUAUACAGACACACACUGACACACAUGCGGAUACACAGACACAGAAUGGCACUCAUACAGUUAUAAACAGUGACAUACAGAUACAUAGGGGCACACACUGACACACUUGCAGAUACACAUGCAGACAAACAGAUACACAUACAGACACACAUGCAGAAAAAACAGAUACACAUACAUAAAGACACAAAUGCAGACGCAGAUACACAUAGAGACAUACAGACAGAUACACCUAUAGACACGCAUGCAGAUACACACACACUUAAUGACAAACAUUCAGAUACACAUACAGACAGAAACCUAUGCAGAUACACAGACACACACAGACAUAGAGACACACACACAGAUAUACUGAUACAGACAUUCUCUAUCACACACACACACACACUGUUAAAAAAAAAAAAAAAAAAAAAGUUAGUGACUUCCCUGGGGUUCAGUGGCUGUCUCAUGCUGAUGGAAGUCAGAGCUCCCACUCUGACUCCCUCCUCUCCUCCUGCGCGGCGUUUUGUUUGCUGGGAGGAAGUGACGGCUUCCUCCCAGCUCUGACAUCAUCAGUUUCGCAGCGCUGACCGGGCUCCAGGAAAUCCAUUGCCAUCGGGUGGCACCAAAAGCAUGGACCACACGAUGGGCUCUUUCAAUGCGGCCCAGGCAUUUUUUUCCGCGCGGGCCGGGCCACACCAAAACGCUGGCGGGCACCCCGGACGACAGGGUGGCCGGGCUUCCUGGAGUGACGGGCCCGGUCGCAGCUGCGACCCCCUAAGACCAUGGUGGUUCCGCCAGUACCUGGGACUCCGUAUCAAUUCCAAUAAUUUAAGCUAAAAGGACCAAAUUGAAAAUAUUCUCCAAGUCUGUUAUGCUUUCAGUUCUGCCAUUUUGGCAAAACAUUUGAAAUUCACUCUGAAUUUGGUUUCAGUUUUUGACAAUCCACACUUAACCGAAUAACACUGAAAAUUGUCUUCUGCAACUUUUUAAAGUGAGUGAUACAUAAUGUGUUAUUGCAUCAUACUAGGGAAAGUGUAUUUCAAUACGUCUUAAUCAAACAUAUGUUAGUAGUUAAAAGAAUACUUAAUUUAAUGUUUUUAAUUAUCACAUUUUGCACAUUAUUAUUUUGAUUAACUCUGACAAUUAUUCUCUCUGAUUAGUCCUUAGAAAGUGACAGUGGGUCGCUUUGCAGCAUCUCUCCUGAUAUCUGCAUUGCCUACAAAUUACACCUGGAGUGCGGGAGAUUGAUUAACCUCUAUGAUUGGCUAGAGGUAGGUACAACUAUACAAAGUAAUUAUGAUUAUUAUUAUUAGAAGUGCUUUACAAUAUAAGGACUACCAAACAAGUAAUUGCAACAAGACAUAUUAGACACACAGAAGGUGUACAGGGUCCUGCUCAAACGAUCUCAUAUUCUAAGGGGAGUCGGAUAAAAUGACAAGAGGGAAGAGUAAGAUGUAUUGCAUAUAAUGGAAAAGUAGGUUGCUAGAAUAGUUUUCAAUUAAUGCUUGUUUUUUUUAGAUGAUACAGUAGCAGGAGAUAAUGUGGGUUAGUGAGGUGUGGGGAGGGAAACCUGUUUAACUAUAGGUAAAAAAAAUAAUACUAAAUGAGCUGCACUCGAAGUACAUCCAACAAGGAAAGGAGUUUUCAAUUAGGAAUUCCAUAUUUAGUAAGGGUUUAGUAAUAAAUUUAAAAAAAUACAGACCAGAUACGAGUAUAGAUAGCAAAACGAAUCAUACAAGUGCUCAUAAACUAUACACAACUCACUCAACGAACUUGGAGGCAAAUGGUAGUAGUGAGAUAGUAGGAUGGGGAGUUUGGGUCAAGGUUUGGCUAUUUUAGAAUCUGGGUUAUGGUGGCAUGCUUCAGUGGUGCAGAACACAUACCAGAGUAGAAGGAAAGAUUAAAAAUAUUUUACAAGAGGCAGGGAAGGAGAAAGAGUGGAAAUAAAAUGUGAGUAAAUCGUAUUGACAGAUAUGAGCUCAGUGAAUGAGCAUAGGAUAGGGGAGGGAGUGGAGCUGGCCGAAAUAUUGGUACAGGUAUUAGGUGAUAAUGUGCUUAUUGAUUUUAAUUUCAGGAAAAAACCAAACACCUGCCAGUGAUUUAAUUCCACUACAUACAUGUGUAAUGCACUUUUCAUUUUUGUCUUUAUAGAUUUAAGUGGCAAGUAGCAAUUUUUAUAUCGUAAGACCGUUUUAUAGCUUGUCUUCUUUGUACAAUUUAGAUUAUUUAGGAUUUGUGGUAGGGUCCACUGUUACCAGUAAGACCCGUUCCCAUCCAUCGCCAUCUGCGGUCUAGUUUUUAGAGCAAGAAACCAUAUAAAUGACACCGGAUGAGCAACACAAAGUAGUAUUCAUAUAGGUUAUCCAAGCAUAACAUUAUGUUUAUUUCCCAAGACAUUUGCAUUUGUUUUCCUUCGGACAUCUUCCGUUAGAGGAAUAAAAUGUUUCUUCAGCUGCAGUCUCCCUUGUUCUAAAAUAAAAAUGCUUGUCUGUGAGACUGUUAUUAGAAUACUCUGGGCUAUGGAAGACCCCCACACAAAAACUGGACGGAAUAGAUAACCAAGCAUACUAACUAAAUACAGCUUAGAAAUCAAGGAAAACAUGCAGCAUAUAGAAAUACAAGCAGAAUAUAAUAAUACGUGAACAAUAAAGCAAUAAACAGCCCAGAGCAGACACACUCUCUGAGCCUGUCUGAGUGUUUUCUUAUACUGUUCUUUGUUCCGAUUGGUUGUUUCUGAAAAGUUAUGUUAACUAUUUCUUUGCUGCUGGAGGUUUCAGUAAAGAAGGUAAGGCAAAUAUGAAACCUCCUGUCUUGCCAUAACAUUGCCUAGAGCACCUGUCUUGCAAAGACUUCUUAUUGAGCUGCAUUGAGAAGUCUGUGAUUGGAGAGUCUCAUAAAGUCUGGGCGGAGUUAGAAUGUGAGAGCUUGCAAAGGCAGCAGACAAGCGAACUGCAGGUUUUAGAAACUGCUUUUACAUAGAUCUUUAAUGAAUAAAAAGCAUAAUGAAAUGCAUGUAAGUUUUCAUUUGGGGUACUAAACAUAGAAUUUUAUUUAUUUUGUAUUUGGGCUGUGGAGUGUUUCUUUAAGGACCAAGGCUCUUUUGAGAUGUGAUACAUUUGUGACCAAAGCAUUUUUGGCACUUUUGCCAUGCUUUUAUUGUACCAUAAUUGUAUACUUUAUGCUUAAAGUUACACUGUAGGCACCCAGACUACUUCAGCCCAUUGGUCUGGGUGCCAACUCCCAUCACCCUUAACCCUAAGCAUGUAAUUAUUGCCGUUUUUAUCAACUGUAAUAAUUACCUUGCAGGGUUAAGUCCUCCUCUAGAAAGCCACUAGAGGGACGUCCAGGUUCUUAGACGACUUCUGGUCAUCUAAACGACACUGAAUAUCCUCACACUAUGCAUGAGGACCUCCAGUGUCGCUGGAAUCCCCAUAAGAAAGCACUUUACAAUGCCUUCCGUUCAUCCUGUCCAUAGUCCUAUCUAUAAUCCUGCUCUUAAUUGAACUCCCAUUCCUACCCAUUAUCUUACCAAUAUUCGAAGUUAGUCUUCUCUAAACCUCCUUAGACGUACUGCCUCUGCUGACAUCAUUCCUUACAUCAGCAGAGGGAUUUCCCAGCUAACACCAUACAAAGAGCUCUGUGAUAAUUCUGUAUUGUGUAUUUUACAGCAAAAGAGUGAGAGCUCUUUCUCAUGCUGCAAAUCCAGUAACUGUGAUCGGUGCUUGUCAGCUGGCAAAGCCCAGCACAAAUGACUAGGCAAAGAGGCAUGCAAGGAAUUAUUACUGGUAUUUAUAUAGCGCCAGCAUAUUCUGUAGCACUUUACAAUAUUAUCAAAGGUGGAGUGAAGUGGAUGAGAGAAUAGAGUGCUGCCCUUUAGGAGAGAGCAAGGGACAGGUAUGUGAGAUAGAGGUUACUCUUGGAGGUCAUAAGCUUUCCUAAAGAGAUGGGUUUUGAGGCACUUUUUAAAUGAUUGAAGACUAUGGGCAGAGCGGAGAGACUGAGAAGGUACAUACCUGCAGAUCAGUGAAGAGAUAUAGGAGGGGCUAGAAUUGGUCAGUGCUUUAUAGGUGUGGAUUAGUACCUUAAAUUGAAUCAUAUAGGAUACAGGAAGCCAAUGUAAGGACUUGACAGAGGGGAGAGGCAUGAGAGGAGAGGAAAAUCAGUCUAACUGCAGCAUUCAUUACAGACUGUAGCGGAGCAAUAUGACUUGUGGGAAGACCUAUUAGGAGAGAGUUACAAUAAUCCAUGCAAAAGAUUACUAGAGCAUGGACAAGCUCCUUAGUAACAUCUUGUGUAAGAAAGGGGCGGAUGCAGGCUAUGUUUUUAAGGUGGAAUCUACAGGAUUUGGUAACAGACUGGAUGUGUGGCUCAAACGUGAGGACAGAAUCAAGUAUAACGCCAAGACAGCGCGCUUGCCAGGAUGGACUGAUCUCCCUUGAAGGGAGAGCGAAAGAGGGUGAUCAGUAUUAGGAGGAAGAAAGACAAGGAGUUUCGUUUUAGAGAGAUUGAGUUUCAAAAAGCGGGAGGACAUCCAAUCAGAGAUGGAAGAAUGGCAAGCAGUGACACGUUGCAGGAUGGCAGGGGAGAGGCCCGGGGAGGAGAGAGAUAUCUGGGUGUCAUCAGCGUUCAGGUGGUAUUGGAAUCCAAGUGAGGUAACAAGUUUGCCAAGACAGGCAGUAUAAAGAUAAAAUAGAAGGAGACCAAGUACAGAGCCUUGGGGAACUCCAACAGAGACAGAACGAAGGGAGGAGGUAUCAUUAGAAAAGGAGACACUGAAUGAGCGUUGGGAGAGAUAGGAGGAAAACCAAGAGAGUCACAGAGACCGAGUGAUUGAAGAGUUUGGAGAAGGAGAACAUGGUCAACAGUGUUGAAGGCAGCAGAAAGGUCAAGAAGAGUUAGUAUAGAGUAGUGACCUUUGGAUUUAACAGUGAUUAGGUCAUUAGUAACUUUAAUAAGAAUAGAGUGCAGACGGCAGAAGCCAGACUGAAAAGGGUCAAGGAGAGAGUUGGAAUUGAGGACGCAAGUCAGACGGGUAAAGACAAGUCUUUCCAGAAGCUUUGAGGAAAAAGGGAGCAGGGAUAUGGGACGAUAGUUAGAAGGGGAGGAUGGGUCGAGAUGUUUGUUUUUUUUAAGAUGGGUACUACAGUAGCAUGUUUAAGGGCAGCAGGGACAACGCCAGAAGAGAGAGAGCAGUUGAAGAUGUGUGUUAAGGAAGGCACAAGACAAGAGGAGAGAGAUCUGAUAAGAUGAGAUGGGACAGGAUUUCUAGCAGGAAACCAUCCAAAAGACCUACCUCUGCAUAAGGCGUGGUAGCUGAGUCCUUGGAGCUAGUUAACGUUCUGUUUGGGACCCAGGCUGCAAGAAAGGAUCUGGUUUAGAUCAAACAGCAAAUUAAGGGUGGGGGAAGACACAGAUAUUGAGGUGAGAAAUGGCAGUUAAUGAGGAAAAGAAAAUACAGAACAGAGAAGAAAGUAUUUGAGAUUUAAAGAUAUAAGGGUAGGUCAUAAAUGGUGAACAUAAAUUAACAAUUGGGGGCAGUCUCACAAUCACCGCGGCUGAGUGCUGCACAAAGCUUAUCUGUCAGUCAGGGGCCACUAAUUGUGGAUCCAGCUGACCGAGGGGGCCCUGAGUUAUCAAGUGAUACCAGGGGCUCCUUGGUGCCCUGCUGGUACUUUUAAUGCAUGACGUUCUAUGAAUAACCGCAUAGACCGUCAUGAUGUGGUCAUUAAGGGGUUUAAACCUCUACACAUUCAAAUGCCCUCUACCAUCAACUUACUAUGACAUACAUAUAUGAACAGGACAUCCCAUAGCCAUGUGGAAAAAAAAGUUUGUCAAGACAAAACAAUAUGAAAUUUAGUAGAUUAUCAAUGGGGGGGGGGGGAAGCUAGUUCGGGGUGAUUACCUAUAUAUGUAAACAUGUUAAGUAUCAAUCUAAUACUCUUUCUAAUAUGACUGUACAUUUUCUAAAUGGUGCCAUUAUUAAUGGUAACUUAAUUAUCUUAAUUUGUUAAACAGAAAAAUUAUAUGGCUCAUUUGGUAUCAUAAGCAAAAACACCCAAGCUGCGUGUAAUUAGAAUAGUACAAAUAUAGCAGAGCUUGGCAUUUCCAAGCAUAUGAAGUUGCAGCUUGGCUAGCCUAGUAUGAUGUGCUUGGAAUACUAUCACAAUAUCCAGCAACUCAACCAAAUUAAUAUGUUUUGUCCUGUACUUGACUUAAAAUAUGCACACAUUGCAGAGAAAAUAUUCACGAUGAUAUUAUGUUGAUGGUAUGUAGCUCUUCAGAAGCACACAGUAAGAUGCAUACAUUUUCAAUACAAACACAAUUGUAGCUAUUAUAGAUCAUGCAAGAUAUGUAAGUAUUUUUUUAUUAUUUUUUUUUAUUUAAAAAUUGUGAUUUCUUAGUUGGCAUCUGCCAAGCAGACACAAAGCAGUGCAGGACCACCUCAUCUGGUGAGUGUGUGCUGAUUGUUCUCAGCCAAUAUAUUAAGCCCUGCACCAGCAGACCCCAGGAUGUAAUGGUUAUGGUGCUUAUAGUGUUCCUCUGAUAUAUUUGCCUCACAGAGACAAUGCUACAAAGGACUGUAGUACAAAACAGCAAGUGUGUCCCCAAAUUCACACAAUGAAAAUUGGUGUUAGCAUGAUUAAACCACUGUACAAAGUUCUCUCAAAAGGUCUACUUUCAUAGAACUUCAACAUUUAAAUUAAAGGGACACUAUAGGCAUCAACACAGCUUUGCUUUAUGAAGCAGUUUUUUGUAUAAAUAAUGCCCCUUUAAGCCCUUAACGUCGUUACGGCGUUCUAUGCCGUCGCGGCUUUAAAGGGCUUUAAAGCCGUUGCGGCGGCAUAGAAUGCCGUAACGGCUUAAGCCUCCAAGUGAUAGGAGGUACUUACCUCCGCCGCGAUCCUCUUCUGGAGGGCUGCCUGACAGCCCAGGCAGCCCUCCUCCGGCAAGUGAGGCCCCCGGGGGCUAUGUGAUAUAGCCAGCUAUAGGGGGCCAUGUGAUCAAAGAGCUAUCACAUGGCCCCCUAUAGCUGGCUGUGGAUCUGCCAGCAGGGGGGCUGUCUGAAAUAUCAGACAGUCCCCCUGCUGGUAAGUAGUGUAAAAAAAAAAUAAAAAAAAUAAACAUGCUUAAAAAUAAAUUUAAAGUAUUUUCAUAUAUAUAUAUGUAUAUAUAUUAUAUAUAUAUAUAAAAUAUAUAUAUAUAUAUAUAAAAUAUAUAUACAUCUUAUAUAUAUGUAACGUCAUACAAAGUGUAUUUUAAUACUAAUAUUAGUAUAUAUAUUAAUAUUAAAAUGAUGUUACAUAUAGAUAAUAUGUAUAUAUAUAUUAUAUAUAUAAUAGAUAUGUACACAUAUAUUAUAUAUAUAUGUAUAAUUACAAUAAUAAAAUAAAUCAAAUAUUGAAACAAAAUUUUAUAUAAAUUGUAUAUUCAUAUGUAAUUUCAUUCUAACUGUAUUUUGUUAUUAAUAUAUAUAUAUGGGUAACAAAAUACACUUAGAAUGACAUUCUAUAUAUAUCUAUCUAUAUAUAAAAUACAAAUAACCGCAAAUAUAUAUAUAUAGAUAAAUACAUAUAAUUACAUAAAAGAUUACAUUAGUAUACAUGUAGAAUUUAAAUACCUAUAAAUGCAUAUAUAUUAAAAUUCUAUGUGUAUAUUUAAGUAAUCUUUUAACAUAAUUAUGUGAUUUGAUUAAUUAAAAUUUGAUUGACAUGCCUGACAACACAGGGAGAAAGUGCAGAGAAUUUAAUUCACAAGCACUAUAUUUGAUCCUGUAACUCUCCAAGACACCAUAAAACCUGUACAUAGGGUGUACUGUUUUACUCAGGAGACUUCGCUGAACUCAAAUAUUAGUGUUUCAAACUGGUAAAUUGUAUUACAACGAUGAUAUUUUAAAUAAAAGUGACGUUUUUUUGCAUUUAUUACAAACAAACGGCACUUUUAUGGACUAUAUUAUUGUUGUAAUAUGUUUUACUGUUUUAAAACACUAAUAUUUGUGUUUAGUGAAGUCUCCUGGGAAUAACAGUACCCCCCAUGUACAGGUUUUAUGGUGUUUUGGAAAGUUAGAGAGUCACAUACAAGGCUUGCAUUUCAUUUUUUUGACAUUGAAAUUUGCCAGAUUGGUUAUGUUGCCUUUGAGACCGUAUGGUAGCCCAGGAAUAAGAAUUACCCUCAUGAUGGCAUACCAUAUGCAAAAGUAGACAACCAAAGGUAUUGCAAAUGGGGUAUGUCCAGUCAUUUUUAGUAGCCACUUAGUCACAAACACUGGCCAAAUAUUAGUUUUUUGCUUUUUUUCACACAAAAACAAAUAUGAACGCUAACUUUGGCCAGUGUUUGUGACUAAGUGGCUACUAAAAAAGACUAAACAUACCCCAUGUUCAAUACCUUGGGUUGUCUACUUUUUCAAAUGGUAUGCCAUUAUGGGGGUAAUUCUCAUUCCUGGGCUACCACACCGUCUCAAAGGUAACAUUACUAAUCUGGCAAAUUUCAAUUUGAAAAUGGAACGUUCUAUAUUUGACCCUGUAACUUUCCAAAACACCAUAAAACCUGUUAAUGGGGGGUACUGUUGUACUAGUGAGACAUCGCUGAUUACAAAUAUGUGCAUUUUUUUGCAGUAAAACCUAACAGUAUUAUGACAUUUACAGCAAAAAUGUCAGGCGGAACUACAAAUUGUUAAAAAAAAAAAAAAAAAAUUCUGUUUUUUUUAAUUUUAUUCAUAAUAAAUUAUGUUUCAUAUUAAUAUUUGAUAUGAAAUGAAAGCCCUGUUUCUCCUGAACAAAAUGAUAUAUAAUAAGUGUCGGUGCAUUUAAUAUGAAAGAGGUGAAUUACGGUUGAACAGAUAUAUAGCGCAAAUUCUAGUUUUUGUUUACGUUUUGUUUUGAAUGUGUACUAUUGACUCCUUCCUGAAGGGGUUAAUCUCACUGCUCAAUUCUCUGCCAUUUAGAAAUUAAAUCACUUUUGUUUCUGUUAAUGCAGCCCUAGCCACACCUCCCCUGGCUGUGACGGACACAUCCUGCAUGAAAACAAAAUUGUUUCAUUUUCAAUCAGAUGUUAACUUGUUUUAUACGUUUUUAUAUUCUGCUCUGCAAAUUUCCCAUAGGCACUUGCCGGGUCUAGCACGCUAUUUACAGAGCAGGAGGAAAGAACUUUUAAAUUAAACAGACUGUGCAAUAAAUAAAGGAAGUGUAAACAUUUGAUCUCUCUUUCUAGGGAGUGUGUAAGAAGGCUGUGCAACUCACAUGCAGGGAGGUGUGACUAGGAAUAUGUAAACAAAGUUUUUUAACUCCUAAAUGACAGAAAAGCGAACAUUGAGACUUGUUUUAUACACCAAAACUGCUUCAUUAAACUAAAGUUGUCUUGGUAACUAUAGUGUCCCUUAAAGUUGUAAAAAUGUGAGGAAACACUUCUUUUACAAAUCAAUAUUACACUAUUUUAAGUUGCAACGUUCCUCUUCAUUGUCCUGGAAUACAUGUCUGGAGUUAGAGGGAUUUCCUUCUACUGGAGUCAAUCUACAAAUCAAGUGUGAAACGCUCCACUUAUAUUUAUGAAUGUAUAAGAUUUAUUACACUGUUUGCUUAAUUUUUUUCCCUGUAGUGGUUGUUUAUCAUGUACUUAUGUUUUUCAUUUAUAUGAAGAUUAAUAAUUCUGUAAAAUAUAUCUUAUCUCGUGUAUCUUGGUUUCAGUAUGUAAUGCCGAUUUUCUGUCACACAGUCAUAACCACGUGGGAACCACCCAGAAAUACUAUCAACAAGAUAAUUUCUAUUAAAACAUAUAGAGAGUAUGUUAAUUCACUCAGGAUAGUUACAAAUGUCAUUGUGACCUUUUAGGAGCAGAGGUCUAUGCAUUGGCACAGGCCUAAGUUAUGCCGCCUUUGUAAUCGUAUGAUCUCUGUAAGUAAGGUCCUAUUUGGUGCAUUAAGACUUAAGAAGAACAUGGAUACAGCCAAUAUAAUUUCCCGAGGAUGCUUUUGCUUACUCUGGGUAUAAGGAAGUUUAAUAUUCUAUAUAAAUAUUAUAUUGUAUAUAAAACUUCAUGUCCUGUGCUACCAGCAUGGCCUUAAGUUACUCUCCAUUGCAAGCCUGCAGAGUCCAUGGUGCACUCAGCAAUAGGAGUGUUUGUAUUCACCACAACUAAAUUAUCAAUUGCCAGUGGUUAUUGUUGAUUUUGAGCCCUGAUAAAGGUUUAUUUUUUAGUACUUAGAGGUCAGUAGUGCCCUGCACAUGAUAUGAAGUCACUCUUUUAAAUCCCAUAUUCUAUGAUUUAUGGAGAUAAAGUAAAUGUGUUGUGACAUCAUUUGUAGGAAGUGUUAUGUUAAAAUAAGAGUCAGAAAAAGUGUGAUUAAUCCGAGACUUUGACACAAAACAAAAAAGAUGCUGCUGUCGUUUUUUUUUUUUAUUAUUGACAAUAUGCACACAUUACUGGAACCAACAAACAUCUUAAGCCAUAGCAUUGCAGCAAUUGAAGAUUAUGCUAGCGCAGUGUACUAAUAAUCUUAAUUUUAAUAAUGACAGGAGGCGAGUAUUUGCAUAAACUUUCUUUACUAGCUCCAUAGCAGCAAAGAAAAAAAAAUCAUUAAAGAAAGAACCAAUCAGAGUAGAACAGAGGAUAUAUAAGUCCCAGCGUAGCCAUCCAUUUCCUCUUGACUACUGCGACAUCACAAGAUCCAAAUGUAGUAAGAAGUCCGUAGUAACUUAAUUCCAACUGUCAUAACGAAAUCCAACAUGGUCAUAACAAUGGCCUCUUCAGCCUUUCCAUCGUCCCUGUGGUUUGUCAAACUGAAAAGAGAGAGAGAGUAGUAUCACUGAUACGGGAAUGACCAAGGAAAAAACCAAUUGUCUGUAACGAAUCAACUAGUUAAUAAAGACGUCUAAAGAUUCACCAUACCAACUAGAGCAAUAGCCCUAUAAUAAAUAUAUCUGUAUAAAAUGCUAAUCCAAAUAAAUGAGUCCAGAUAAAGAACCAAUCUACUCCCACCAACUACUUACCUCCAUCUGGGCGGGGACUUUAUGAGAAUGAAAAGGGUGGGAAAUACUCGCCUCCUGUCAUUAUUAAAAUUAAGAUUAUUAGUACACUGCGCUAGCAUAAUCUUCAAUUUUAUAACAUGACAGGAGGCUUCGUAUUUGCAGUUUUAACGCUUAGGUAGGAGAGCAAAGCGGCAUUGGACGACUGGCGGAAAUAGAAGGUCCGAAAGGUAGAUUCCCGGGACCAAUCUGCCGUGUGUAGGAUAUCCGCCAGAGAGGCGCCUGCUAAAAAUGCCGAUGAUGCCGCUGCCCCUCGAACGGAGUGUGCGCCAAAUGAGGCGUCUACCCCGGCUAGAGUGAGAAUCCAUCUGACCCAUCUGGCCAAUGUGAUGACCGAGACCGGGCCGUGUGGAGUCACAUAUGAUACCAAGAGUUGUCGUGCGGACGGUGAGCGCAAGCCUUCCGUUGCUGACACGUAGGCUCGGAGGGUCCGGACCACGCAUAGCUGGGGAUCCGAAUUGAAAAACGGAUAGAAUACUGAUGCUGUAUUGGAUUUAUUACGUUGCGAUAUGUGGAACGUGACUCCUUCGGGUCCAAUGGAGAAAGCGUCCUUAUCGAAAGUCCGAACGUCCGCCACUCUCCGGAAGGACACCAUGCACAACAGGAAGGUGAACUUCGCCGUCAGUUGUUUCAAUGAGAGCUGGUCAUUGGGAGGCCAGUUCCUGAGGAAACGAAGGACUAUCUCCACAUCCCAGAGAUGUUGGUAUUUAGGUGCUGGUGGUCUCCUUAGUUUGAUGCCCCGCAGCAGGCGGCAUAUUAGCGGAUCCUGUCCGACUGCCCGUCCUUGAGACGGCACGUGCGCCGCCGAGAUAGCUGACCUCGUGACAUUUAUGGUGCGGUAUGACUUCCCAUCCUCGAAUAGGGUCGAGAGAAAAUUCAUGACCUCGGAAACAGGGGCUGUAAAGGGAUCCAAGUCCCGUCCCACGCACCAACUGGUCCAAGUUCUCCAUGCGGAUAGAUAGCUUCUCCGUGUUCCUGGGGCCCAGGAAUCCCAAAGGAGGUCCUUAGCCGUUGACGAUAACUCGUCGGUACGCCAGGUUCCCCUGAAAGAGUCCAGGCCACUAAGGUCAGGCGGCCGUCCGACACCAUCGGAUGUGCGUUCCCCGCCGGGUCCCUGAGUAACAUGUUGUCGUUCGGUAGGAGGAUCGGGUCCUGAUAAGACAUUUCGAGAAUGUCCGGGAACCAAGGCUGACUCGGCCAGAGGGGCGUCAGCAGGGUCAGUCGAACCCUUCGUCUGCGAAGGUGAUUGAGAACUCUGGCAAUCAUGGCGAAUGGGGGAAAGGCAUAUGCCCCUUGUUGUGGCCAGUGCUGAGUGAAGGCAUCUACCGCUAAGCAAUCCGGGUCCGGUAGCCAGCUGUAGAAUUGCGGGACCUGACGGUUGUUUCGUGAGGCAAAAAGAUCCAGUAUGAAGGGUCCCUUCUGGUCCUGUAGGUGUGCGAAUAUUCGCGGAUCCAGCUGCCAGUCGCUGGCAUCCCUCCAAUGACGGGAGUACCAAUCCGCCGUGAGGUUCGUCUCCCCCGGCAGGUGCUCUGCCCGUAGUGAGAUAUUGCGCGGGAGGCAGUAGUCGAAGAUUUCCUUCGUCAGAUGCGCCAGGGUUCUCGACCGGGUGCCCCCCAAGCGGUUGAUGUAUCGUACCGCGGAUACAUUGUCCAUUCUUAACAGUAUACAGCAAUUGGACUGCCCUUUUGUGAGGCUGCGGAUAGCAAAGGCGCCCGCUAGCAGUUCGAGGCAAUUGAUAUGCAUCGACAAUUCCUGUGGUGUCCACGUGCCCCCUGUGGCCGUUUCUCCAUCCGUGGCGCCCCAUCCUAGGCGACUCGCGUCCGACUCCAGGAUGAAGUCCGGUUGACUGCCGAAUAUGGCCCGACCAUUCCAGGCCUGCAUGCAGUGGAGCCACCACUGGAGUUCUUGGUAUACUUCCUCCGACAGCGGGACCGGCUGGUUGUAUGUGGGAUUUUGGCGGAGGAGGUUGGCCUUCAGCCGUUGCAUCGCUCGGUAGUGAAGGGGUCCCGGAAAUAUGGCUUGUAUUGAAGAUGAUAAGAGACCCACAAUCCGCGCCAGUUGGCGGAGCGGAAUGGAAUCCAAUUUGAGAACCCUGCGGAUCUCCUUCUUGAUGGCCGUCACUUUGGCUGAGGGGAGAUGUAGGGUGCAAGACCUGGAGUCGAUCUCGAAGCCGAGGAAUUGGAUUCGUUGAGCAGGCGUCAUUGCGGAUUUGGCCUUGUUGACAACGAAGCCCAAGGAUUCUAACAGUCGCACUGUAUACGUAGUGUGCCGGAUGGCCAGUUCCUUUGUUCUGCAGAACAAGAGAAUGUCGUCCAGGUAAAUUAUGCAUCUGAUCCCGCGUGUUCGGAGGUGGGAAACCACCGGUUUUAGCAUCUUUGUGAAGCACCACGGUGCUGAGCUCAGUCCGAACGGAAGGCACGUGAAUUGCCAUGGUGUGCCGUUCCACAGGAAGCGGAGAAAUGGGCGGCUGUCUUUGUGGAUUGGAAUUGUGAGAUAAGCGUCCUUGAGGUCUAGCCGCGUAAACCAAUCCUUUUCUUGGAGGAGAUCCCGCAAUAAAUGGAUGCCCUCCAUUUUGAAGUGGCGGUAGGUCACGAACAUGUUUAGCCCUCUCAAAUUGAUCACUGGCCGGAAAUCCCCGGUCUUUUUGCGGACCAGGAACAUGUUGCUGAAGAAUCCUCCCCUUGUGUGCGCUGGUUCUAUAGCGCCCUUUACGCGAAGCUCGCCCCCAUGUAUGAGGCGAGUGUCCGCAGCCGAAAGACGCAAAGGAUAAGGGGGAAACCUUUGAAUGGGCUGUGAUCGGAGUUCUAUUUGAUAUCCUUGGACGGUCUGUAGCACCCAAGCGUCCGUGGACAGCAGGGCCCAAUUCUGGGAAAAAAGUGAAACACGGCCUGCAAUCACAGUUACAAGAGGUACCGAACAAAGGUGGUCUCUUACCUGUAGGGAAUCGUGCACGGCCUCGUCCUCGACCGCCCCGUCCUCUGUCAGAACCCCUCUGGUAGUAGGGGAAUGGUUGUUUGGCUCCGCUGCCUUGGUAACCUUGUUGAGGGAAGAAUUGGUGCUGAAAGCCCAUACGGGGGCCUGAAGGCCAGAAACGGCUGGCGGCACGGCCCCGCUGCCGACCAGCCCUUGAAAAAACACCCUUUGCGGAGGUACCUCGGAAUACCUUACGCAUAGACGUGCGGGCUCUACUCAAGGAGGUAAAGACGUUUACGUGCUUGUUCAAUUCUUUCAUAAAAGCUUCACCAAAGAGCUUGCCCUGUGCCUGUGGGCCCAAUUCUUUGACCCCGAGGUCAACUAAUUUGGGGUCGAUACGAAAAAGUGCUGCCCGGCGCCGCUCCGUAGAGAGGGCCGCAUUUGUAUUACCGAGGAAACAAAAGCCCCUCUGGGCCCACUCUCGGAUAUCAUGUGCCCAUUCUCGUAUCAUGUCUGCCGUGAAGGAGUCCGCUCUGGCGUAUGCUUCGUCUGCCAGGUACAUAACUCGGGCCAAAGGGCCCAUUGUGUCUAGGAGUUUAUCCUGAGCUCCUUUGAAACUCUUCUCAAUCCCCCUCCGCGGGUCGCGGCCCCCUUGUUCCAUAAAGGUCAGCAUAAGCUGAUCAAAUUCCGGCGUAUAGGCCACUUUAUCUGGCAGGGUAGGUCUCGGGCACUCUGCCCGCAUCCUCUUGCGGACGUGUUUUUCCAAAGGUUUCCUGAUCCAAAAAUGCAUGAAGCGGAGGAGAUGAUCCGGAGGGGCCCACUCACUCGAACGAGGGUGGCGAAUCUUCCUGGGAUCAAACAUUCUCUGGCCAGUGGAGUCCAGGAAUAUCUCCUGUUCCUCCGUGGCCGUGGCGGGGGGUUCCGCAUCUCCUUUCUGCUGGGGCUCACCCAGAAAAGUCUCGGUGACGUAGGCGUUGGAGCCCCAACCGCCUUCGUCCGAGUCGGAGGAUCCAGCCUGCCACUCAUCCAGAACGGAGAGAGAGUGGGGCACGUCUUGCUCCUCAUCUGAGGAGACCUCCCCAGUGUACACGGGAGGUAUCUGAGUAGUGCGUUUAUCACGCUUCAUAGGGGCCUUGCCUUUGAAGGCGGCUUUCUUGGAACCUUCGCCCUUCCAGUGGCGUUUCGCCGGGCGCUUCCUUUCUCUAGUGGAGUCCUCUGACUCAUCAGAGUCUUCGUGAGCCUGGUGUGGCUUGUUAGACAGCGCGUUAGAUUCAGCGGGGGCAGGAGCCGCCUUUGCCAGCGCCUUCUCCAGAGACGCAGCUACCGCUGCGUUGAUCAUUGCUUGAAGGUCACUGGUAUUAAUUGUGUCCUCCAUUGUGGGCACCAACAGAGACUAACAGGCACAGGUAUAGGUAUGAGAGGUGAGGGACCGUGCGGGAGGGACUCAGGUUAAAACGCUCAGUGGCGUGGUACCGGACUCCUAAUCGCUGGGGCUCACCCAGGGUCACAGGGAACUGCUUGGACAGUUCCCGCUAUGCAGCACUCAAUGGGGGCUCACCCCUAGCCAGGAUAAUGGGGUAAACCCUACUGGCAGUCCCACUCCCCAGGGGGUAAUGACACCAACCUGUGAAGGUCCCAACGAAUUCCACCUCAGAAUUAGAGCAAACGAGCUUCAGAGCCUUAUCUUGAUAGGUGUUAUACUCCACAACUAAUAACCCACAAAAUGGCCGCCAGGGUCUCGCGAGAUUAACGGGCGGAAAGCCCGCGAAAAUGGAGCCCUUGAAGCGUUCGGCAGUUUAGCCGCGAACAGCCGUUCGCCUGGCUAACCGUCGAAUGCAAGGGAGACUGAUCCGCGAACGGACCCGCGAACGGAAUGGAUUCCCUAGCAAUUCGGGAAAUUGUCCGUUCGCGUAGUACCUGCGUUCGCGGCAAAACCCCGCGAACGGCUAGAGGGAGCAAAGUUCCCGACCGCCCGUUCGCGCUCUGUUGCAGCCAAUUGCGCGAACGGGACGGCCGCGAACGCCAGACUCCCUGUGUGAAUGAGCGUCCCGUCUGUUCGCGCGAGAGCGCGAGCAGAGCGCAACGGUCGGGAUAGAAAGGUGGCGAGCGUAGCCACCGGAAAAAAGGGGGGGAAAUAGGGUGGGGGGGGGUAGGCUAACCUAACACCACCCCUACUGAAGUGGGGAGGGGGGGGGGGAGCUGGGAGAGGCAGUUCCCAGAUACCAGAACAGCCUCAGCCCAGUACCCUGCAUCAAAAUGAACGCAGCUCCCCUGACAGGGAAGGUGAACCUUCUCAGUUUGUCCCCCUGGCACCCAAGCAAAUAAAGAAUAAAAGAAAUAUAGUAGAAAACACAACUAUAUAUGAGCAGAGAAAAACAAACAUCAAUAACAUCUAAAAGAAACCUGACAGGAAUCUUAAAGAAAUAGUACUCUGACCUGACUUGUGAUGGAGCAGCAAAGAAAGAGGAAAUGGAUGGCUACGCUGGGACUUACCGGUAUAUAUCCUCUGUUCUACUCUGAUUGGUUCUUUCUUUAAUGAUUUUUUUUUCUUUGCUGCUAUGGAGCUAGUAAAGAAAGUUUAUGCAAAUACGAAGCCUCCUGUCAUGUUAUAAAAUUAAAUCUCAUAUAGAUCAUGAGAUAGAAACCCCAUUUUCAACUCCUAUAGAGAAACAAGCAGUACUGUGAGCUUACCAUCAAGAUACUGUGCUUUGGGAUAACUAAGCAGGCCACAGCUCUCCUCCUCAAGUUUGUAUAUAUGUGUUUGUUUGCAAAAAGGGUUUAAAAAAAUAAAAUUAAAAAAAGGAUCCUGUUUCCUUGAUCUCACAAUAACCUACUCUGUUUUACUCUCUAUUAUAUCUUCAGGCAUUUGCAACAGUAAUUGGAGCUACUGAAGAGAGUGACUUGGAUCCCUCAAAGCAAGUUGAUGAGAUUACUCAGUAUCCUUUCAUUUUCUUGUCAGCUGCUAACCUCACCUAGUGCCAGCAGCUGUGCAGUUAAAAUAGUGCGCAUGUCCAGGCCUGUCCACGCACCUAAACUGAUUCUGUUGUUUGUUCAUUUAAUAACCUGAACAUCAAAAACAUGCUGUGUGAUACUAUCUAUUAAGCUUAAAGGUCAAGUUGCCCUGGACUUAGAGUACUUUGACUUAUUUUACAAAAGCUGUUAAAAUCAUUUCCAUAAAGACCAUACAUUUCAUUGGUUUGUCAUCCAUCGAUGUGAUGAAUGUGAAACACUAGCUAAGAAUCUAGUUUGGCGUCUUGGCAGUAAUAUGUCUGAGACAUGAUUCUAGAACAAAACUCACUCUUGACAGCUUAAUAAGGACCUUCAAAUGACCUGUCCUCCAGUUGUUCAUUGGCCGUGAUUUCUGCCACCUUACAUUAGACUAUUAUAUGUCAGCUAGGUUUAUGUUAAUCUGUGUAUGUGUGACACAUUCUAUAUUGUGUUUUUUUCCUUUUAAAAUUUAUUUAAACUGCACAGAACCACAAUUUCAUUCUUGUGUUUGUGUCUAAAUAUACAUUAGUUCAUUAAUGUUUCUUUUCAUCUGCCCACGGUAUUAGCAGUCUUUCAUUAGCUGUCUUUGUCUUCCAGGAAGUCUUCGUAAAACUUAGGGUGAUGGGUGUAAAUGUUUCUAUUGGAGAGCUGUUGUUUUUAUAGGGGUGCAACUUACCUUCUGCUGUAUUGUCUGCGUCUAUCUGCAUGCAUUGAAUUUAUAAUUUCUGUCAGAUGAUAUUCCUUCACCACUUCCUCAGUGCCCGUUUUAUAAGAGCCGUUUCAGAGUUGGAGUUAUUAGGAUUUGUGAAGCCCACCAAGCAGAAAACUGAUCAUGUGGCACGAUUGACAUGGGGUGGCUGCUGAAUUAAACUGGAAAAUCAAACCCUAGCGAUGUCACCAGAAUAGUAGACUUCAGCAUUGUAAUUAUGUUUUACUUUUAUAUUAGGAUAAAAAUAUCUUUUGAAUGGAAAUUACUAAAUAAAAAAUAUGAAAAGGACAACAA